AUGGUGGUGCCUGUUCCUUGCAGGGUGAUCGUUGCCCACAAGCUGCUGGAGGGUGUGGAGUACGUCUUCCGCGUUAGGGCAGAGAACAACAUCGGAGUCGGCCCGCCAGCCGAGUCCAAGCCUACCCUGGCCAGGAGCCCAUAUGGACCCCCUGGACCACCAGAGGCACCAGAAAUUACGAAGUCCGGCCGGAACUGGCUGAACAUCGUCUGGCAGAAGCCGAAGGACGACGGCGGCGCUCCGGUCUCUGGCUACUGGCUGGAGCGCAAGGAGCCCACCGGAGCCAGGUGGAUGCAGAUCAACAGACUCGCCAUUGAAGACAUGCACCAUAAGGUGACAGGACUGGUGGAGGGAACACAGUACGAGUUCCGUGUGGCCGCAGAGAACAGGGCUGGGGUUGGCCCACCAAGCUUCCCCAGCGUGCCUAGGGCACCAGCUACACCAAUCAGACUGCCAGGCCCACCCACACCCAAGGUUGUGGAUGUGACUCGCCGCUCCGUAUCCCUCCGCUGGCUGCCUCCUGAGGAUGAUGGCGGCUCCCGCAUCAUCGGUUAUGUGGUGGAGCGCCGCCAGUUCGACUCCGACAUUUGGGAUGUCUGCCAUACCACGGAGAGGAUUGUGGGACAGGAACUGACGAUGGGUGACCUCACCGAAAACACGAAGUACGUCUUCCGGGUCAGCGCCGUGAACCUUGCCGGGCAGGGCGAGAGCGCCGAGACCCCGGGCAUCACUCAGGUGAGAGACCCGACCGAGAUGCCGGACUACGAGCUUGACGCCUCCGUGAAGGAGCUGAUGAUCGUGAAGGUGGGAACUCCGCUCAGGAUCCCCGUUUUCAUCAAGGGCAAGCCGAGACCCAGCAUGGAGUGGAGCUUCAACGGACAGGUUCUUGUUAACGACCGCAUGAAGACAGAAAACACGGAGAUUUCCCACACUCUGGUGAUCUCCCCGUGUGAGAAGAAGGACGCAGGACGCUACACACUGCACCUGGAGAACCCUCUGGGUGACGUCAGCGUCAACAUCAGGGUCAAGGUCGUUGGUCCACCCGGCCCGCCGACCACACCGUUUAAGGUUGGCCGUGUUCUGGAGAACGCUGUGCCGCUCAGUUGGGGCAUGCCUGACGAUAACGGCGGUAGCGAGAUCUCCAACUACAUCGUGGAGAAACGCAUCGUCGGACAGAAGGGCUGGUACAAGGUGAGCUCCAACGUAGCCCGACAGAACAUCGUUGUGUCGCGGCUGGAGAAGGACUAUCAGUACCUGUUCCGCGUCGCCGCCGAGAACCAGUACGGCAUUGGCCCCUUCAUCGAGACGGACGGGCCCGUCACCGCAUCCGACCCGAUCGUUCCACCGGACAUGCCCGAGCACCUGGACAUCACCCGGGUGACCAGGAAGACGGUGGAGCUGGUCUGGAAGCGGCCCAAGUAUGACGGCGGCUCGCCAAUCACAGGAUACAUCGUGGAGAGCCGCAACCUCAAAGAUGACAUUGACGACUGGAACUUGUGUAACGACUACCAACUAAAGGACCUGGGCUUCAUCGUCACGGGCCUGAUCGAGAACGACAAGUACGAGUUCAAGGUCGCCGCCCAGAACAAGGUCGGCACCGGCAAGUACAACAACACCCGCGCAGUCCAGGUCAAGGACGAGAUCGAACAACCCGACUGUAACAUCGACCUCCGCCUGGGUGACAACAUCACCGUGAAGGAGGGAACCACCAUCGACAUCGGCGCCCGCAUCAAGGGCAAGCCGGACCUCGAGGUCACCUGGACGGCGGACGAGAACGCCUUGACUGACAGCGGAAGCACUCCGCGGUCUUCCCGUGCUUCUACGCCCGCAGUCGGCAUGAGUGCCAGAGUGCUGGAGGCCAGCGACAGGGUCAUCAUGUCGGUUGACGCGCCCCGUGCGCGUCUUGAAGUGAUGAACGCGCGACGCUCUGACCGCGGGAAGUACGCCAUCACGGUGUCCAACAAGGCCGGCAAGAAGUCCAGCUCUAUCAACGUUAACGUGCUGGCCAAGCCCGGACCGCCUACGAAGCUGAACAUUGAUGAGAUCACCAACAGCUACGCCAUCCUGAACUGGGAACCCCCGGAGGAUGAUGGAGGGAGCCCUGUUCUGAACUACGUCGUCUUGAAGAAGGACACGGCCAGGAACGUCUGGGCACCCGUUGCCGAGGCGUACCCCGUGGCCAAACAGACGAUCCACAUUCCGAACCUGCUGGAGGGCAGCGAGUAUGUCUUCCGCGUCCAGGCGGAGAACCAGAUCGGCAUCGGCCUGCCUAACGACAGCAUGCCGAUCGUCGCGAGGUGGCGCUACCGUGUGCCUGACGCACCGGACGCGCCGUCCAUCUCCGACAUCCGUCGCAACGCCAUGACGGCCACCUGGCGCGAGCCCUUCAACGGAGGGUCAAAGGUCACAGGUUACUACCUGGAGAAGAAGGAGAAGGACGCCUCCCGUUGGCUGCCGGUCAACCAGGAGCCGAUCCCAUCCAAAACCCACAGGAUUACUGGCCUGCUGGAGGGAAUGGACUACGUGUUCCGUGUGAAGGCCGAGAACCGCGCCGGUGUCGGCCCGCCCGGACCCCCGUCCCGCCCGCAGAAGGCUGAGGACCCCAUCGACCCUCCCGGUCCUGUUGUUGACCCCGAGUGUUACGAGGUCACCCGCUCCAGCGCUUCCAUCCACUGGAAGAAGCCGGAAACGGACGGCGGCAGCAGGAUUCUGGGAUACAUCGUGGAGAAACGCAAGGCGGACAGCGACCUCUGGACGUCUUGCCAUGACACUGAGAUGCACAGGUCCCUGGACCUGGUUGUGCCGAGCCUGCUGACUGGCCAGAAGUACGUGUUCCGCGUCUGCGCAGUGAACCGUGCCGGACGUGGUCCAUGGGAGGCUGUGCCCGGGACCAUCCUCAUCAAGGAGAGGGAAGAGCCCCUUGUGCUGAACCUGGACGCCACCUUCAAGGAGCUGUAUGUGCUCCGUGCCGGAACUGUCCUCAGGAUUCCCGUCCACAUCGGCGGCCGCCCUGAGCCCAAGAUCGAGUGGCUCAAGGAAGGCCAGAAGACGCAUGGAAGGACUCUGAUUGAGAACACCGCCAUCAGCACCACCCUGCUGAUCAAGAACGUGUACAAGAGCGACGCUGGCGAGUACAUGUGUCGCAUCUCCAACGCCAGCGGCAAAAAGGAGUGCCGCGUACAGGUGCGUGUGGUAGACAAGCCCAGCGUGCCGCUGAACCUGCACAGCAAGCCUGAGGAGAUCACCUCGGACAUGAUCCCGCUGUACUGGGACCCGCCGGAGGAUGACGGCGGGGCGAAGAUCACGCACUACAUCGUGGAGAAGCGUGAGGCGAAACGUGCUGCCUGGGCAUCCGUGUGCAACACUGUUAGAACGACCUGCAUUGCACCGGAACUUGUGGAGAAAAUGGUCUACGAGUUCCGUGUACGUGCAGUCAACGAGAUCGGCGAGGGCGAGAAUGCGCUGAGUGGCAAGAUUCGUUGCCAACCACCGCUCUCUCCCCCUGGCCCCCCACUCAUGCUGGAUGUCGAGGACACCACGAAGGACAGUAUCCUGCUGGACUGGGACCCGCCCCGCGAGGACGGCGGCAGCAAGGUUCUGGGCUACUUUGUCGAGAUGAAGGGACCAGAGGACACCGACUGGCGCAAAGUCAACAUGGAGUCCUUCACGUCAAGCCGUUGGCUGGUGAAGAACCUGAAGGAUGACGUUGACUACGACUUCCAGGUGAAGGCGACAAACGCCAUCGGCGUGGGCCCGCCCAGCGAGCCCAUCACUGGCGCAAGGUGCUUCGAACUGCCGAGUGCGCCCGCCAUUGACCUGGCCAUCUCCAUGCGUGACCUGGUGGUCGUGAAGGCCGGAACCCACAUCAAACUGCACGCCCGCAUCGAGGGCUACCCCUACCCCACCGCACAGUGGCUGUUUAAGGGCGAGCCCCUGGAGGCGGGAGAUCGCUACUCCAUGAAGACCACGAAGAACUCCGCAGAGCUGCUGGUGAAGCCGAGUCUGCGCAGCGACACCGGGCGGUACCACCUGGUAGUGAAGAACCUGGCGGGAACCCGCAAGGCGCCCAUCAACGUCAAGGUUCUCGACCGCCCCGGCCCGCCAAAGGCCCCGGUACAGUUUGAGGACAUCCACCAGGACCAGGUGACGCUCAGGUGGAACGUACCUGCCGACGACGGCGGCACGGAAGUCACCAACUACAUCGUGGAGCGCCGCGAGGCCGCCAAGACCUUCUGGACAACCGUGAACUCGAACCUGUCCAGGACGAGGAUCAUGGUACCGAAGCUUAUUGAGGGAACGCCUUACGUGUUCCGCAUCAAGGCUGAGAACAAGAUGGGCAUCAGCGAUCCGCUCGACUCCGAGCCGGUCACACCAAAGAGCCCAUACGACCUGCCCGGCCCUCCACAGGAGCUACGCAUCAUUAACGUGCAGAGCGACUCCAUGAGCCUGACCUGGCUGGAGCCGGACUAUGACGGCGGCUCGCCCGUCCAGGGAUACUUCCUGGAGAAACGGGACAAGAUCAGCAAGAGGUGGCUCAAGAUCGAGAAAGACAUGCUCACAACGACGACCUACAAGGUGGGAGGCCUGAUCGAAGGCUUCUCAUACGAAUUCCGCGUCAGCGCCAAGAACGUUGUCGGCACCGGACCUCCGUCUGAGCCGACCUUCCCGGCCGUGGCAAGGCCACCACUCGACCCCCCGGACCCCCCAUUGGAGCCCCACGUGGUUGACCAGACCCGCUCUACCGUGGAUCUGGAGUGGGACGAGCCCGUGUAUGACGGCAGUCUGCCCAUCGAGGGCUACCUGGUGGAGCACAGACUCAAAGGUGUGGAGACCUGGACCAAGUCGCACGACACCAGCAUGGUGGCGAACAUGUACUACACCGUCGCUGGGCUGGAGGAGGGACGCGAGUACCAGUUCCGCGUCUUCGCCAUCAACGGCGCCGGCAAGAGCAAGCCUGCCGAGGUGCCUGGCUUCACCGUGGUUAGAGACAUUACAAUUUACCCUGAGAUCGAGCUGGACGCCUCCUGUAAGGACACCGUGUACGCACGCGCCAACCAGAACGUCCGGAUGCCGGUCUACAUCAAGGGCCGACCCGAUCCCAAGAUCAUGUGGUCCAAGGAGGGCAAGGACCUGCCUGGACACAUCACCAUCGAGAAACUCGCUAUCGGAGAGGUUCUUAAGAUGAAGGUGACCCGACCCGACAGUGGUCGCUACACCGUACAGAUAUCCAACGUGUGCGGGGAGGUGUCCAAGAACAUCAACUUGGUUGUUCUGGACCGCCCUGGCCCACCGAGGAACAUCACAGUGAAGUAUGUGAAGAAGGACUCGUGCGUCUUGAACUGGGACAUCCCUGAAGACGACGGCGGCUCCCAGAUCACGAACUACAUCGUGGAGCGCCGCCUGCCGAACGAGAACCUGUGGCGCAACGUCACCUCCAACAUCCGGUCGCGCGUGAGCAAGGUCAUGGGUCUGAACGAGGGUUACAGCUACUUCUUCCGGGUCAAGGCUGAGAACAAGUACGGCAUCGGCCUGCCGGUGGAGACCACAGAGCCUACCCUGGCUGCAGAUCCUAUUGACCGUCCUACUGAACCACGUGACCUGGAGGUCACGGCCGUGACCAAUAACAGCGUGUCCCUGAAGUGGCUCCAGCCGACGUACGAUGGCGGCAGCCCGCUCACCACCUACAUCGUGGAGCGGUGCAGACUGGGAGAAUCCGACCACACGCGCAUCAACACGGACGACCUGCUGGAGUGCGCGUACACCGCCACUGGCCUGAACCCUGGAGCCAAGUACGAGUUCCGGGUCAAGGCCAGGAACAUCCGGUACAUCGGACCGCCUUCCACGCCUACUCCCUUCAUUGAAGCUAGAGAUGACACAAAGCCGCCUAAGAUUGAGCUGGACCUGCGCCUGCUUGACGUGCUGGUGGUGCGGGCAGGUACCAAGGUGCACCUGGAAGGGCGCAUCGCUGGCGUGCCGCUGCCGGCCGUCAAGUGGUCUCGCGGAGGAAAGGAGAUCGCAACCAGCGAUCACUACGAGGUGACCACUGUUGGAAAAGAGACCUGUCUUACUCUCCGAUCCGCCAGGAGGCGUGACACCGGAAGCUACGAGGUCAACGUGACAAACUCUGCUGGCGCCAUGAACGCAACGGCCAAGGUCAUCGUUCAAGAUGUUCCUGGCCCACCCGUUGGCCCGCUCAAGAUCCGCGAGAUGACGUCAGAGUCCAUGACCAUCGAGUGGAAGAUGCCACAUGACGAUGGCGGCGCGGAAGUGACGUCAUACCUAGUGGAGAAGAUGGACACGAAGAUCGGCCACUGGUUCCCGGUGGACACGUCUGUCACAAAGUUCUCUCUCAAGGUCACCCAACUGAUGGAGGGCCACGAGUACCAGUUCCGCAUCCGCGGCAGGAACAAGAUCGGUCUCGGCGAGCCCUUCGUUUCCAAGCCGAGGAUCGCCAAGAGACCUUACGACCUGCCGGGCCCGCCGUCCGCACCCAUCGUGCACACGGUGUUCCCUGACAACGCCACGCUGAUCUGGCAGCCACCAGAGUCGGACGGAGGCAGUGAGAUCUCCCGGUACAUCCUGGAGAAGAAGGACAUCAAUAGCAUCAAGUGGGUUCGCGCGGUCGAGACGAUCAGCAGCGACACCCGCUACAACGUGCCGAACCUGGUGGAGGGGAUGGAGUACCAGUUCCGGGCGGCGGCCGAGAACGCCGCGGGCCUGGGCAAGUGGGGACCCCCGUCCACACCCAUCAUCGCCCGCGAGCCUAUCGACCUGCCGGACCCGCCUGUGAAUCCCAAGUGCAUCGACACGACCCGCUCAUCCGCAACCAUCGCCUGGAAGAAACCAAUUCUGGAUGGUGGCAGCGACAUUGUCGGAUAUCUCGUGGAAUAUCGCGCGGCCGACAGCGAGAACUGGGAGAUCGGAACGCCAAAGAUCCACACACUGCAGUUCGUGGUGACUGACCUGACGGAGGGAGCUGAGUACUACUUCCGGGUCAGCGCCAUCAACGAGGCUGGUGUUGGUCCUCCUGGUGACUGCCCUGGAAAGGUGCUCAUCAAGGACAUCCUGGCCUCUCCAGACUUUGAGCUGGACGCCAGCAUGAAGAAGACGCUGACUGUUCGCGCCGGGCAGCCCAUCCGCAUGUACGUGUCUAUCAGCGGCCGGCCUGAGCCCGAGAUCCGCUGGGAGAAGGAGGGGCAGCCGCUGGACUACAGGGCUGAGGUGGAGAACACAGAGUACUCCUCCCAGCUCGCCAUCUACAACACAAACCGGUACGACGCCGGGAGGUACGACCUCAUCCUGAAGAACGCUGUCGGUGAGAAGACGGCUUCCGUCAACGUUAAGGUGUUCGACACACCUGGACCACCUGGCCCCAUCACCAUUAAGGAGGUGUCCAAGGACCACAUGGUGAUCACCUGGACGCCGCCCACGGUGGACGGAGGCAGCGCUGUCUCCAAUUACAUCGUGGAGAAGCGUGACGAGAGCCGCCGCACAUGGAGCACCGUCACCACCAACAACCCCAAACUGUCCUGCCGCAUUCCCAACCUGGUCGAGACGGUCACCUACUUCUUCCAGGUGUUCGCGGAGAACAAGUACGGCAUCGGCGAGCCCGUGGAGUCCAUGCCUGCCAAGGCACAGGACGCAGUCGGCCCGCCCGGUCCCGUGGUGAAGCUCCACGUGGCAGACAUCACCCGCAUCACCGCAGUCCUGGAGUGGACCAAGCCCACCUUCGACGGAGGGUCAAAGGUCACAGGUUACGUGGUGGAGACCCAGGAGGCAGGAAGUGUCGAGUGGGAGAAGGCCGGACUGGCGACGGAAUGUCACUACCAGGUCCUAGGCCUGACCCCUGGACAUGGCUUCCGCUUCCGGGUCAAGGCCCAGAACGCCGCCGGCCAGGGCGACCCGUCCGACACGGAAAUGUACAAGGCUCAAGAUGAAAAGAUUGCUCCGAAGAUCAACCUGGACGUGACCAUGCGAGAGACCGUUGUGGUAAAGGCAGGACACACACUGACCAUCUAUGCUGGCAUCAGUGGCAAGCCUGUGCCGCACACACGCUGGGCUAAGGACGGAGCGAUGAUGAAGCCAGACAGACGUCUGAUGUUUAAGAAGUCUCACACGGAGACAAGGUUUAGUCUGAAGGAGGUGACCCGCGCAGACGGAGGAACCUACGCACUCAGGGCCUACAACGACGCCGGCGAGAAGACCGCCAACGUCUUUGUCAAGGUUCUUGACAAGCCCGGCCCUCCCGCCAGCCUCCAGAUCGAUGAAGUCACCGCCAACUCCGUCAGCAUCUCAUGGCGUCCGCCCACCGAUAACGGCGGGGUGGAGGUCAACAACUACCUGGUGGAGAGAUGUGACGUGCAACGUGGCGUGUGGCUGACCGUGAACGCUAACGUGACCAGGUUCAUGUUCAAGUUCCCUGACCUGACCAAGGGCCGUGAGUACGCCUUCCGCGUCAUGGCCGAGAACAGGAUCGGCGUGGGCGAGCCCGCCGCCACCGAGAAGGUGGUCGCCAGGGACGCUGUCGAGCCCCCGGGCCCACCCUCUGCUCCUGAGAUCACGGAGAUCUGUAAGGACGCGAUCGGUUGCGCCUGGGAACCGCCUCAGUACGACGGGGGUAGCGCCAUCACCGGCUACAUCAUCGAGCGGCGAGAGAAGCAGUCCCGCCGCUGGAUCAAGCUCAACCGCGAGGCCGUCAAGAAGCGCGAGUACCGCUCAGAGGGCCUGCUGGAGGGCUUCGAGUACGACUUCCGCGUCCGUGCCGUUAACCAGGCCGGCCCUGGAGACCCCAGCGAGCCGUCCGUGCCGGUACGGGCCGAGGAGCAGAUCUCCCCGCCGCGCAACCUGCGCGUCAUCGACUACUCCCGAUCCUUCAUCACCAUCGCCUGGGAACCGCCAGAGUUUGACGCUGGUAGCAAGAUUCUCGGAUAUUUCAUCUGGAGACGCAACAUUGAAUACAAGGGCUGGGCACCGUGUAACGAGAAGAUCUGGACGGACCGCCGGUUCCACAUCAAGGCUCUCACGGAGCACAAGAAGUACCUGUUCAUGGUCAAGGCCAAGAACUCUGCUGGGAUGAUCAGUCUUCCGGCCACCAUCGGACCUGUGGAGACCAAGGACGAGUUCGAGCCUCCAAAGAUCCUCCUGUCGGAGACUUUUAAGGACGUCAUCACCGUGAAGGCAGGUGAGACGGUCAACGUCAACAUCAACUUCACGGGCCGCCCCCGCCCCAGGGCCACCUGGGAGAAGGACGACAGCACGCUCACACUCAGGGACCGUAUCCGAGUGGAGACGACGCCUGAGAACAGCCUGCUGACUUUGGAGAAGACCGAACGGUCCGACACAGGAAAAUACACGCUCAACGUCAGGAACGAGGCAGGGCAGAGGAAUGCCAUUGUCCGCCUUAUCGUACAAGACAAGCCGUCGCCGCCGCAGGCUCCCGUGGAGACCAGCAAGGUGAGCGGCGAGACGUGCAUGGUGAAGUGGAAGCCGCCCAAAGAUGAUGGUGGCAGUCCAAUCCACUCCUACAUCAUCGAGAAGCGCGACACCACGCGUCAGGUCUGGACACGGGCCGCCACUGUGGACGCCGGCAAGCUGAGCGCGCAGGUGACGAAGCUGACCCGCGGCCAGCAGUACGUGAUGCGCGUGUCCGCACAGAACGCCAUCGGCACCAGCGACCCGCAGAUCGGGGAACCCUUCCUCGCAAGGGACUUUUUCGACGUUCCGGGCCCACCUGGCCAACCCCAGAUCAUCAAGGUGUGCAAGAAGUACGUGCACCUGACCUGGACUCCACCAAUCAACGACGGCGGCAGCAAGGUCACAGGUUACCUCAUCGAGAGGAGUGACCUCUGCCCCUCCAUCACGACCUUCUGGAUCCGCUGCGUGGAUGACGUCAUCAAGGACACGGAGUACGUCAUCCAUAACCUGUUCGAGGGCUGCGAUUACGAGUUCCGCGUCACGGCCUGCAACGCCGCGGGCUGGGGCAUCCCCAGCGAGGGGUCAGAGGAGGUCAAGGUUCGCGACCCUGUCGCGCCCCCUGUCGCCCCUGGCAAGCCUGAGCUGAUGGAGCUGACCAAGUCCUCCAUCAAGCUGAACUGGUCCCGCCCGUACUACGACGGCGGUAGCCCCAUCAUCGGCUACAUCCUGGAGGCCAGGAAGGAGGGCCAGGAGGAAUGGGCCAGAGUUCACAGGCCUGAGUACAUUAUUGAGCGAGAAUGGACCCUGAAGGACCUGACGGAAGGCACCAAGUACGACUUCCGCGUCUUCGCCUUUAACGAUGCCGGGCAGAGCGAGGCUAGCGAGAACUCGGGCAUCAUCGAAGUCAAGGAGAUCAUCAUCCCUGCAGAUGUUGAGCCCGACGCGAGCCUGUGGCGCACACAGAUCGUGCGCUCCGGAACCGCGCUGCGCCUGUUCGUCCCCAUCAAGGGCAAACCCACACCAGAAAUCACCUGGACAAAGGGUGAGGAGAACCUUGAGGAGCGUGCGAACAUCACCAACACGGACACAGCAUCCAUAUUUGUCCUGCCGAACAUGCAGCGCCUGGACGCCGGGAAGUACUGCAUCACUGCCGAGAACAAGGCCGGCAAGAAGUCUUCCUUCAUCAACGUCAAGGUGCUAGGUCCACCUGGACCACCUGGCCCUAUCAAGGUCAAGGACAUCACCAAGGACUCUUGCAUCAUUCAGUGGUCCGCUCCAGACGAUGAUGGAGGCUCAGACGUCUUCAACUACAUCGUGGAGAAGAAGGAGGCCGGUCGUGUUGGCUGGGCCACCGUGACCUUCAAGCAACAGAAGAACACCUACCGCAUCACCAACCUGGUGGAGACAUGCACCUAUUACUUCCGGGUCAUAGGUGAGAACAAGUACGGCAUCGGCGAGCCUGUGGAGACAGAGGAGCCCAUCUGUGCACUGGACCCUGUCGAGCCGCCAGAGAAGCCCAAGAACCUUACCGUGGAGGAGGUUACCCCGGCAACCGUCUCCCUGGCCUGGAAGAGACCAGACUGGGAUGGAGGCAGCCGCAUCAGCGGGUACCUGGUGGAAUACCUCGCUCCUGGUGAGGAGGAGUGGACCAAGGCGGCCACGGCCAGGAACGUGAGCUACACCGUGUUCGGACUGGACCGCGACCAGACUUAUCGCUUCCGGGUCACGACCCUGACGGAGCUGUCUCAGAGCGUGCCGGCCGAGCUGCCAGAACCAAUCACAUGCAAGGAGGAGCAACUGGCUCCGACCCUUGACCUGAGCAGUAUCAAGGGCGACACGCUGAUCGUGAAGGGCGGCACGGACCUGACCCUCACCAUCCCGGUCCGCGGCGCGCCAGACCCCACCGUCGCCUGGAUGCAUGGCCUGCAGCAGAUCCAGGAGAAGGGCAGAUACUUCACCAAGAAGACGCGCGAGUUCACAAGACUCCAGAUCAAGAAGACGAAGAAGGAAGAUGGCGGGAAGUUCACGAUCACGGCACAGAACGUGGUCGGAAGUACCUCUGCUGUCUUCAACCUGAAAGUACUUGACAAACCUGGCCCUCCAUCCGGCCCCAUCACCUUCGAUGACGUCACAGACGAGUCGGUGAUGCUGGGCUGGGAGGCGCCUAAAGAUGACGGUGGGAGCGAGGUGACGCAUUACGUCGUGGAGAAGAGCGACGUACGCACGGCGCAGUGGCAGUACGUCAGCUCCGAGGUGCGCCGCACGCACCUGAAGGUGACGGGGCUGAACAAGGGCGCGCAGUACCAGUUCCGCGUCAGCGCAGAGAACCGCUUCGGCGUGGGCACUCCGCUCAAGUCCAGCAACUGCUACAUCAGGGCGCCGUUCGACGUUCCUGAGCCGCCACAGAACCUGAAGGUUGUGGGCGUGACCAAGUCGCAGAUCAAGAUCGCAUACGACCCACCGGAGAACGACGGCGGCGCGGCCGUGACCGGCUACAUGGUGGAGAGGAAGGAGAAGAACUCCCCCCGCUGGAUCAAGGCUACCAAGAUGCCCAUCUCAGACACGGAGUUCAGCUCUCUGGGUCUGAUGGAAGGCCUGCAGUACAUGCACCGCGUUCGCGCCGUUAACCAGGCCGGCACCGGGCCCGCCUGCGACCCCACCCCGCUGGUGAUCGCCAUGGACCCGAUCGCCCCGCCGCGCAACCUCGAGAUCCUGGAGGUCAGCUCCAAGUUCGUGCACGUGCAGUGGAAGAAGCCCAUCUACGACGGCGGCGCCCGCAUCACGGGUUACGUCAUCGAGGCGCGUGACGUGCGCGCGGAGAAGUGGGUCAAGUGUCACCUGGGCGAGGUGCUGAAGCUGGAGCACGUCAUCACUGACAUCAAGGCUCUACAGAAGUAUCAGUUCCGGGUCAAGGCCAAGAACGAGGCAGGAAACAUCAGCGAGCCGUCCAACCUGGCCGGCCCCGUGCUGACCAAGGACGACCUCCAGCCUCCAACCAUCACUCUGGACGCCAAGAUCAAGGACAACAAGGUCCAGGUUCACGCCGGCGACAAGCUGGUCAUCUCCGGAUUUGCUGGUGGCAAACCUGUGCCGACCAUGAUCUUCACUAAGGGCCGCUUGGUGCUACGCAGCCAAGGCCGUGUGUCGAUUGACCAGAAGGGGAAGGCAUUUGCCCUGUGUGUGAGCGACGCUUCCCGUGCUGACGCCGGGGAGUACACCAUCACUGCAGAGAACAACAGCGGAUCAGUCACCGUCAAUGUCAAGGUGUUGGUGAUGGGCAAGCCCGGACCCCCCAUGGGUCUUCAGGUGCUGGAGACCACGCCCGAGACUUGCACCGUCUCCUGGCAACCGCCGGAGGAUGACGGAGGAGCAGGCGUCACUAACUACGUCAUCGAGAAGAUGGACCUCAAGACCAAGAACUGGAAGAAGGUUUCUGGAGCUGUGAGAAAGACCACCUUCAAGAUACCGAAGCUGAUUCCGUUUAACGAGUACCAGUUCCGCGUCAGCGCGCAGAACAUGUUCGGUGUGGGCGAUCCGGCCACAACCGGAAACGUGCUUGCACGCCAUCCGUUUGACACCCCCGGACCCCCCGUCCAUGUUAAGGUGAGUGAGAUCACCAGGGAAAGCCUCAAGCUGCUCUGGUCCCCUCCCGAGAACGACGGAGGCUCCGAGAUCCUCGGCUUCUUCAUCGAGAAGAAGGAGAAGGUGAGCGUGCGCUGGGAGCGGCUGAACAAGGAGCCGGUGAUCGAGACGCGGUUCCGCGUGGAGGACCUGGAGGAGGGGCUGGAGUACGAGUUCAGGAUCAGCGCCGUGAACGCGGCCGGAGUCGGCAAGCCGAGCGCGCCGACCCUCCCCAUCACAGCACAGGACCCUGUCGACAAGCCCGGCCCACCUGGACCUCCCGAAGUAGAGGACACCACCAGGACCUCCAUCUCUCUCACCUGGACCAAACCAACUAGCGACGGGAGGAGCAAGAUCAUCGGCUAUGUCUUGGAGGUGCAGCCGGUGGGCACGGAGGAGUGGACCAAGGUGCACACCACCUCCACCAUCAAGCUCCAGUCGUACGUUGUAGACGAACUGACUGAGAAUAAGGAGUACGUGUUCCGCGUCAGCGCCGUGAACGCUGUCGGAGUGAGCGAACCCUCCGCUUCCACUGCGCCUACCGCUGCAAGGGAGAGGCAAGAGCCUCCCGAGGUAGAGGUAGACGCCAGCAUGAAGCGCAGCCUGACAGUGCGCGCCGGGAACCCCAUCCGCUUCUAUGUGGGCGUGAAGGGCCGCCCGGCCCCCACAUGCACCUGGCACAAGGAGGACGUGGACCUCAAGACGCGCUCCAACAUCGAGACGACCGAGUACUCCACCACCAUGACCAUCGCCACCGCCAACAGGGACGACGCUGGGAAGUACGAGCUGACGGUCGAGAACCCGCACGGGAGCAAGACUGUCGGGACAUACGUCAAGGUUUACGACACGCCCGGGCCGCCUGAGGAGGUGGUCGUGAAGGGCGCGACCAGCAAGACGGCCGUGAUCGACUGGGACCCGCCCAGCAAGGACGGAGGCAAACCCGUCGUCGGCUACAUCCUCGAGAAGAAGGAGGUGAGCCGUCGCACCUGGGACACCAUCGACUCCGACAUCGUCAAGACGUGCUACAGGGUCACUGACCUGGUGGAGGGUAACCAGUACUUCUUCCGCGUGCUCGCCGUGAACGACUUCGGCAUCGGCGACCCGGGAGAGACGGAGGCACCCACACUGGCCAUAGACCCAGCUGACCAACCCGAACCACCCAGGAACUUCCACGUGACGGAGAUCACGCCCAACAGCGUGUCGCUCGCCUGGAAGAAGCCUGACUACGACGGCGGUGCGCCCAUCACGAGCUACGUGGUGGAGAUGCAGCAGGUCGUGAGCGAAGAAGAAGGAGAGGUGGAGGGCGAAUGGAGAAAGUGCACGCAGAUCAACGCGCUGCGCUACACCGUGGCCGACCUCCUGAAGGGAGAGAAGUACCGCUUCCGAGUCUCCGCUCAGAACUACGGCGCCGUGAGCAAGCCGGCAGAGCUGCUGCAGCCCGUGGUGGCCAAGGAACAGAUAUUCCCGCCAGCCAUGGACCUGCAGGGCAUCACCUCCGACACCAUCAUGGUGAAGGAGGGGACAGACUUCGUGCUGAAGAUCCCGUACUCCGGCCAGCCCAUCCCCACCGUCACCUGGAAGCGCGGCCUCGGCGUCAUGCAGCAGACAGCCCGCAUCUUCGCCAAGACCACCCGCGAGAUGACCCAGCUCUUCAUCAAACGCGCCCUGAAGGGCGACAGCGGCAAGUUCUCUGUCGACCUGUCCAACACUGCCGGCAGCCAACAAGCCGACUUCCAGAUUAACGUCCUGGGUAGGCCCGGGCCGCCGGAAGGACCGGUCGACUUCGAGGACGUCAGCGCCGAGAGCGUGACGAUGAACUGGAAGCCCCCGAUGGAUGACGGCGGAAGUGAGGUCACCAAUUACGUCAUAGAGAAGUCCGACAACCGCGGAGUGGCGUGGGUUUACGUCAGUUCCGGCGUGAAGAGGACGACCAUGAGAGUGACGAAACUGACGAAGGGCAAGGUGUACGCCUUCCGUAUCAGCGCCGAGAACCGCUUCGGUGUCGGCAAGCCGAUCGAGUCCCCCUACAUUACAGCAAAGGAUCCAUAUGACAUCCCUGGGCCGCCCGGAAUCCCCGAGACGCACGACGUCACCAGGGAACAGAUGUGCCUGACCUGGCCAGAGCCGGCCGACAACGGCGGCAGCCCCGUCACAGGCUACGUCAUCGAGCGCAAGGAGAUGUUCUCCAACCGCUGGAUAAAGCUGAACCGCGCGCCCGUCCGCAAGAACGAGUUCACCUCGACUCAGCUCACAGAGGGCAAGGAGUACGAGUUCCGCGUGUGCGCCGUGAACGCCGCGGGCGUCGGGCCUCCCAGCGAGCCGUCCCGCCCGAGAAAGGCGGUGGACCCCGUUGGAAUCCCGAGGAACGUGGAGAUCCUUGAGAUCACCCGCUCGUCAGUGACGCUGUCCUGGGCGCGUCCCACGCACGACGGCGGCAGCAAGCUGGUGUCGUACAUCAUUGAACGCAGACUGGUCAAGGAGGAAAAGUGGACACAACACAUCCAAUCCGACCUGGGUAACCUGACCUACACCAUGAAGGGCCUGAAGCAGGGCGAGAAGUACGUCUUCCGCGUCAAGGCCAAGAACGCGGCCGGCACCGUGAGCGACCCGAGCCACGCCGUGGGCCCGAUCAUCUGUAAGGACGACCUGGCCCCGCCCAAGAUCCUCCUGGACACCCGUCUGAAGGAGAAGGUCACCGUGGCUGCGGGUAGCGCCAUCACUCUGGCCGCUAUGGUCAGUGGGAAGCCACAACCCGAGAUCUCAUGGUCCAAGGGAACGAGGACCCUUGUUGGAACAAACCGAAUGAAGAUCGACUCGACCGCGCGCUCCACGCAGCUCGCUAUCAAGGACUGUUGCCGUACCGACAGUGGGAAGUACACUCUCACCGCCAUCAAUGGCAGCGGCAGCGCUGUCAUCAGCAUACAGGUGACUGUUCUGGACCGCCCAGGACCGCCCAGCGGCCCGAUCCAGGUGGGCGAGGUGACGCCGGAGACCGCCGUGAUCUCGUGGGCUCCGCCUGCUGACGACGGUGGUGCGGAGAUCACGAACUACGUCGUACAACGUAGCGACGUGAAACAACCUGACGUCUGGAUCAAGGUGAGCGCUGCUGUGCGCAAGACGACUCACAAGAUCACCAAGCUGAACCUGGGAACCACCUACUGCUUCCGGGUCCGCGCGCAGAACAUGAACGGCAUCGGAGACGCGCUCGCUUCCGAGCACGUCCAGGCCAGAUAUCCGUUCGACACACCUAGCGCACCUGGACAGCCCCAGGUGAAGGAUCUGACGGCAGAGAACUGCCGCAUCACCUGGACACAGCCAGAGACCGACGGCGGGUCGGAGAUCACCGGCUACAUCGUCGAGAAGAAGGAGAAGAACAGCAUCCGCUGGGAGCGCAUCAACCGCGACCUGGUGCAGGAGAUGGAGUACAUGGUGCUGGACCUGGAGGAGGGACUGGAGUACUCCUUCCGCGUCUGCGCCGUGAACAAGGCGGGGCGCGGCAAGGCCAGCCCGCAGACCAAGCCCACCGUGGCGCAGGACCCGCUCGGCAAGCCGGGCAGCCCGGUCAACGCCGAGGUGGUGGACACGACCAGGACUUCUGCCGACCUGAAGUGGGAACCUCCCAUCAAGGAUGGAGGCAGCAAGAUUCUAGGCUAUAUCGUGGAGGCACGCAAGGAGGGGUCGGAAGAGUGGCUGAAGGCCCACGCCACCUCCCUGCACCGCACCACCGAGUUUGUCGUGCCAGACCUGACCCCUGGAGGAUUCUACAAGUUCCGCAUCAGUGCCGUGAACCAAGUGGGAGUCGGCGAGCCUGCCGAGAUCCCGGGGGUCACGGAGGCAAAGGACAUUCUGGAAACUGCCGAGCUGGACCCGUCCGUGGCGAAGCACCGCGUGACGGUUCGUGCCGGUACUCCACUCCGCAUCUACGUGCCCAUCAAGGGCAAACCCACCCCGACAUGCACAUGGGUGCACGAGGAGAGUGACCUGGAGAACCGUGCCCAGAUCGAGACGAGCGAGGUGGCGACCCAGCUGCUGAUCAUGCCUGCCGACCUGCGCGACGCCGGACUGUUCCACCUGACCGUGGAGAACUCCAGCGGCAAGGCCGAGGCUGACAUCAACGUCAGGGUGCUCUCACAACCUGGCCCACCUGAGAACGUGGAGAUCAAGAGCUUCAGCCGGGAGAGCGCCGUGAUCGACUGGGACCCGCCCAGCAAGGACGGCGGCAAGCCUGUCACAAACUACAUCCUGGAGAAGAAGGAGAUCAGCCGCAAGACGUGGACUGUCGUCGACGCCAACAUCGUCAAGACGUGCUACACGGCGCUGAACCUGGUGGAGGGUAACCAGUACUUCUUCCGCGUGUUCGCCGAGAACGACUUCGGAAUCGGCGAACCCGGAGAGACUGAUACCCCCAUGACUGCCAUGGAUCCGAUUGAUCAACCCGACCCGCCCAAGAGGGUGAAGCUGACGGAAGUGACGUCACACUCCGUGUCGCUGGUCUGGGACAAGCCGGACUACGACGGUGGAAGUCGCGUCACGAGCUACAUCGUAGAGAUGCUUCCUGCAGACAGGGAGGAGGAGGAGGGAUGGAUCAAGUGCAGCCAGUUGAACACACUGCGCUACACUGUGACGGAGCUGGAGAGGAACGCGGUGUACCGCUUCAGGGUGUCUGCCCAGAACGCCGGCGCCGUCAGCGAGCCCAGAGAGCUCCCGGAUCCCGUCAUCUGCAAAGAACCAGAGAUUCCCCCAUCCAUGGACCUGACUGCGCUCCAGUCCCAGGACUUUGUCCUGAAGGAGAGCUCAGACUUCGCGCUGAAGAUCCCGUACGCCGGCCUGCCCAAGCCUAAGGUGACUUGGCUUAGGGGGCUCGGGCCGCUCAAGGAUAGCGGAAGGAUCUUCACAAAAACACUACAGGACAACACUACUUUAUUCAUUAAGCGUGUGACCAAGGCCGACACCGGCACCUUCACCUUGAACCUGGAGAACCUGGCGGGCAGCCAGAGCGCCGAGUUUAAGAUGGUGGUUGUCGGCAAGCCCACCGCGCCGCAGAUGCCGAUCGAGUUUGACGACGUCCAGCCCGACAGCGUGACGCUGAGCUGGAAACAUCCGGACAGCGACGGCGGCAGCGAGGUCACCAACUACAUCAUCGAGAAGUCCGACAACCGCGGCGCCACCUGGGUGUACGUCAGCUCGGGCGUCAAGAGGACUACCUGCAAGGUUGGUAAGCUGGUCCGUGGUAAGGAGUACAGCUUCCGUAUCUCUGCCGAGAACCGGUUCGGCGUCGGCCCGCCCAUCUACUCCACAUCCGUAGUAGCCAAGGAGGCUUACGACCCGCCAGAUGCGCCUACGGCACUGGAGACGUACGACGUCAACAAGGAGCAGAUCUGUCUUCGCUGGCAGGCUCCGGCUAACGACGGCGGCUCCAUGAUUCUGGGGUACCUGGUGGAGAGGUCCGAGAGGGGGAGUCAGCGAUGGACCAAGCUCAACAGAGCUCCAGUGCGCAAGACAGACUUCCGUUCCUCUCACCUGAUGGCCGACCACGAGUACGAGUUCCGCGUCUGCGCAGUGAACGCUGCCGGACCCGGACCGUUCUCUGAGGAGUCUCCCUACGCCAAGACUGUGGACCCCGUGGGACCACCACAGAACGUACAGGUUGUAGACAUCACGCGCUCCUCCGUGACCCUGGAGUGGCGCCGCCCCGCGUUUGACGGCGGCUACAGGAUUAUCGGGUACCAGGUGCUCCGCCGCGAGGUGGGCCCGCAGGAACCCAAGUGGGUGGAGUGUCACCACGGCCUGCUGCAGAAGCUGGAGGAGACCGUUAAGGGUCUCAAGAACGGCGGGAAGUACGAGUUCCAGAUCAUCGCCAAGAACGCGGCUGGAAUCAAGAGCGCUCCGUCCGACAAGACUUUGCCGGUCGUGUGCAAGGAUAACCUUGUACCGCCAGCCAUUGUGGUUGACUACCGUAUCAAGGAGAACAAGAUGGCGAUCAGCCAGGGCGACACCCUCCACGUCCCUGUAGCUAUCACAGGCAGGCCUGAGCCGGAAGUGUCCUGGACAAGGAACGGCAAGCCUCUGCUGAAGUCACAGCGUGUGGACAUCGCCUACGACGGGAAGAAGGACGCGCACGUGCACGUCAAGGAAAGCGGACGCGUCGACGCCGGCGAGUACAUCGUCACUGCCAAGAACAGCAGCGGAGUCGCUGACGCAACAAUCAACGUCAACAUCUUUGCCACACCAGGCAAGCCGCUGGGCCCGCUGGUCGUGUCGGACGUGACUCCGGAGUCCUGCCUACUCCGCUGGGAGCCCCCGGAGGAUGACGGAGGAGCGACGAUCACCAACUUCAUCGUGGAGAGGAUGGACGUCAAGCAGCAGUUGUGGAUCAAGGUAUCCAGUGCCUGCCGCCGUACCAGCCUGAAGGUGUCUAAGCUGUCUCCAGGCCAGACCUACCAGUUCCGUGUGUUCGCUGUGAACGUGCACGGGGUGGGAGAGCCUCUGGUGUCUGAGGCAGUCAUCGCCAAGUACCAGUUCGACGUUCCCGCCCAACCCGGACAGCCGCAGGUGAGUGACGUCACGCGCGAGAAGCUGAACCUGUCCUGGACCGCGCCGCUGUCCGAUGGCGGAAGUGACAUCAUCGGCUACGUGGUGGACAUGAAGGAGAGGACCAGCGUGCGCUGGCAGAGGAUCACCCGCCGCUCCAUCCAGGAGCUGAAGCUGCAGGUGGACGGACUGGAGGAAGGUCUGGACUACGAGUUCCGUGUCGUGGCUGAGAACACGGCCGGGUUCGGCAAGCCCAGCCCCCUGUCUGCGCCUGUCAUUGUUCAGGACCCUGUCGGUCUUCCUGACCCACCCACUGAUGUUGAGGUGUUUGAGACGACCAAGACGACUAACGCAGUCCGCUGGCAGCCGCCUCAGCGCGAUGGUGGCAGCCGCAUCCAGGGCUAUGUGCUUGAGAUGCUGAUCAUGGGACAGGAGGAGUGGAAGAAAUGCCACACCAAGUCUGUCCUCAGGAUCUGUGAAUUUGUUGUGGACGGUUUAACCACCGGCCCCGGCUACAGGUACCGGGUCAGCGCCGUGAACGACAUCGGCAUGGGCAAGCCGGCCGAGCUGCCUGGAUGGUGCCAGGCUCGCGACAUGGAGAUCCCGCCUCUUAUCAAGGUGGACCCAAGCGCAGCCAAAUCCAUGAAGGUGCACGCCGGAAACCCCCUGCGCAUCCAGGUGCCCUUAUUCGGCAAACCCCAGCCCACAGCGACGUGGAUUAAGGAGGACAGUGACCUGGAGAACCGUUCCCAGGUGGAGACCACGGAGACGCACACCACCAUCAUGCUGCCGUCCUGCGACCGCAGGGACGCCGGCGUCUGGGAGAUGUUCGCCGAGAACGCCUUCGGAACCGCCUCAUGGAGCAUCAACGUCAAGGUCAUGGACACCCCUGGCGCACCCGAGAACAUCGAGUGCAAGGGCGUGACCAGCAAGUCCUGCAUCGUGGACUGGGACCCGCCCAGCAAGGACGGCGGCAAGCCCGUCAACAACUACGUCCUGGAGAAGAAGAUCGUCGGGCGCCACACCUGGUCCACGGUGGACGACAACAUCGUCAAGACGGCCUACACCGUCUACAACCUGAUCGAGGGCAACCAGUACCUCUUCAGGAUCAUCGCCGAGAACGACUUCGGACACGGCGAGCCUGGAGAGCUGGAUGCGCCAAUCACGGCGGCCGACCCUGUCGACCAACCCGACCCACCCAAGAAAUUCGAGGUGACAGAAACGUCCCCAACCCACAUCUCUCUCCGCUGGACCAAGCCGGACUAUGACGGCGGGAGCCGCAUCACCAGUUACAUCGUGGAGAUGCGCUUCACAGACAGCGAGGAGUGGGUGAAGUGUACACAGAUCAACGCUCUGCGCUACACCAUCACGGAGGUCAUCCCUAACCAGGACUACAUGCUCCGCAUCUUCGCACAGAACACCGGAGCACAGAGCAUCCCCAAGGAGAUCGGACCAGUCACGGCCAAGGAGCCAAUCAUGCCCGCUACUCUGGACCUCUCAGCCAUCCCCGGUGAUGAGGUCAUCGUGAAGCAGGGCUCUGAUUGGACGAUCAGCAUCCCGUACCACGGCUACCCGGCACCCACCGCGCAGUGGUUCCGCGGCAUGGGCAACCUCCGCGAGACGAACCGCGUGUCGACCAAGACGGGCGGCGGCGUGACCAUGCUGAACAUCCGGCAGGUGGUGAAGGCUGACGGCGGGAAGUACUCCGUACAGGUGUCCAACCCCGCCGGGUCCCAGACUGCAGAUAUUAACGUCAGGGUUAUUGGCCGCCCCGGUCCGCCCAACGGCCCAGUCGUGAUUGAGGACGUCGCUCCGGAGAGCUGCGUCCUCAACUGGAAGCCUCCGACGGACGACGGCGGAAGUGACGUCACAAACUACGUCAUCGAGAAGUCUGACAACCGCGGCGCCACCUGGGUGUACGUGAGCUCCGGCGUGAAGCGCACUCAGCUGAAGGUGACAAAGCUGACCGAGAACAAGGAGUACCUGUUCAAGAUCAGCGCCGAGAACCGCUUCGGUGUGGGCUCUCCACUCAAGUCAGAGUCUAUGGUCGCCAAGCUGCCAUAUGAUCCACCCAGUGAGCCAAGGAACCCCAAGGUGUCAGAGGUCAAUAAGGACUCCAUGACGAUUACUUGGGAGGAGUCCGCCUCUGAUGGCGGAUCCGACAUUACCGGAUAUAUCGUGGAACGCAAGGAGAGGAACAGCAACCGAUGGGUUAAGAUUAACCGUGUGCCGAUGAAGCACCUGACAGUGCGCUCCAUGAGCCUGCUGGAGGGUUGCGAGUACGAGCACCGCGUUAUCGCCUACAACGCCGCGGGACCGAGCAAGCACAGCGAGGCCACGCCGCUCACCCUGGCCAAGGACCCCGUCACUGCGCCGCGCCGAGUCGAGGUGGUGGACAUCUCGCGCUCGUCCGUGUCGCUGGAGUGGCUGGCGCCUGAGAGCGAGGGAGGAGCCAGGAUAAUCGGCUACUGGGUCGACAGAUUCAACCCAGAAGAGGCGAAGUGGAUCACCUGUAACCAGAUCAUGAUCCCGUCGUCCGAGCGGCACUUCACGGUGAAGGGCCUGCGCCAGGGCAGCAAGUACCAGUUCCGCGUCAGGGCCAAGAACGCCGCUGGCAUCAUCAGUGCGCCUUCCGACGAGACCAUCCCGGUCAUCUGCAAGGAUGAUCUUCAGCCACCAAAUGUGAGCUUGGCCUACAUGACCAAGGACACCAUGACCUUCAAGGCUGGAGAGGACAUGGAUCUGAGCAUGUCCGUGAAGGGCAAACCUGUGCCUGACAUCGUCUGGAUGAAGGGCAUCCGGCCGCUCGUCAAGAGCGACAGACUUACAUUCAAGAUGUCCGGCAAGAUUUCGACCAUGUCUGUGAGGAAGGUUGUGCGUGCAGACAGCGGAGAGUACACCCUCCAGGCCAAGAGCCUGUGUGGGGAGGCCAAGCAGACCAUCAAAGUCUCUGUCAUGGACGUUCCCGGAGUCCCAAUAGACCUUGCCACAGGUGAGGUGACACCUGAGUUUGCCACCAUCACCUGGCAGCCACCCGAGGAUGACGGCGGGAUUGCCGUGACCAGCUUCACGGUGGAGCGCUGCGACGCCAAGGCACCGGACGCCUGGAUGAAGGUCAGUAGCGCCGUCAGGAAGACGUCGUACAAGAUUACGCGUCUGACGGCCGGUGCUAGCUACCUCUUCCGCGUCCGGGCGCAGAACUUCAACGGCAUCGGUCCUGCGGCGACGAUCGGCCCGAUCAUCGCCAAGUGGGCGUUCGAUGUGCCGACCGCACCAGUAAACCUGAAGGUCAGUAACGUGACCAAGGACUCCAUCACCAUCACAUGGCAGGAGCCUGACAGCGACGGAGGCAGCCCCAUCACAGGCUACCACAUCGAGCGCAAGGAGCGCACGUCUGUCCGCUGGCAGCGCCAGACCCGCUUGGCCCUCGGGCCGAGCGAACUGACCUAUCUCGCAGACGACCUGAUCGAAGAUCUGGACUACGAGUUCAGGGUCAUUGCCAUGAACGCUGCUGGGUUGUCCCCGGCAACCAAGGCGACCCCGCCCACCAUGUGUACUACCCCACCAGGCAAGCCUGGCAAACCAAUCAACCCCGAGUGCAAGGACACGACUCGCUCGACUGUGUCGCUGAAGUGGUCUCCUCCAGAGAAGGACGGAGGCAGCCGCAUCAUCGGCUACGUCAUCGAGGCGCGCAAGAUCGACAGCGAGGACUGGUUCAAGGUGCACCAGAAGUCGACCAUCAGAGACACGCAGUACGUGGCCGAGAACCUGAAAGAGAACGAUGCGCUGUUGUUCCGCGUCAGCGCCGUGAACAUGAUCCUGAUGGGAGACCCCGAGCCCGUGCCGGGCUUCGUGCAGGUGCGUGACCUCACGCAACCCCCGGAGGUGUUCCUGGACUCCAGCCUGAAGAGGAUGGUCAAGUUCAACGCCGGAGCACCGCUCCGACUGGUGGCCAGCAUCCGUGGCAGGCCCAUGCCUGAGUGCAGGUGGGAGAAGGAGGACAGUGACCUGCCGAACCGCUCCAAAACUGAGACGGUGGACAACAUCACCCAGCUGGUGAUCCCCAGCUGCGACAGGCGCGACGCCGGAAGGUUCGACCUGACCGUGGAGAACGCGCACGGCUCCGUCACGGUCGCCAUCAUGGUCAAGGUCAUGGACACACCUGGCGCACCUGAGAACAUUGAGGUGAAGGGCGUAACACGAUCCUCUUGUAUCGUGGACUGGGACCCGCCCAGCAAGGAUGGUGGCAAGCCUGUGAACAACUACAUCCUGGAGAAACGCCAGGUUGGCCGUACCACGUGGACAACGGUUGAUGCCAACAUCGUGAAGACAGCCUACACCAUCAGCAACCUGGUGGAGGGCAACAAGUACAACUUCCGCAUCAUCGCGGUCAACGACUUCGGCCCCGGCGCACCCGGAGAUACCGAGGAGCCCACCCUGGCCCAGGACCCUGUUGACCAACCAUCUCUUCCCAAGAAUGUACGGAUUACCGAGAUUACCCCGACUCACAUCUCCCUCCGCUGGAACAAACCGGACUAUGACGGCGGGAGCCGCAUCACGAGUUACAUUGUGACCAAGCGCUUCACUGAUAGUGAGGAAUGGGAGAAGUGUACGCAGAUCAACGCGCUGCGCUACACCGUGGCGGACCUGAUCCCCAACCAGGAGUACGUGUUCCGCGUGUUCGCGCAGAACAUGGGCGCGGUCAGCCCGCCUGCUGAGGUCGGGCCGGUCAUCGCCAGGGAACAGCUGGCUCCGGGAUCUAUUGACAUGGAGGCCCUUCCCUCUGACGAGAUCGUCCUGAAGGAGGGAGCAGACCUGGUGGUGGACGUGCCGUUCGGCGGAGCUCCUCGCCCCAAGGUCACCUGGAAGAAGGGCAUGGGCGAGCUGCGUGAGACGGACCGCGUCUCCACUAAAGCCUCCAACGGAACUGCGCAGCUCAUCUUCAAGAAGUGCAUGAAGGCUGAUGCUGGACGCUACAACAUUACUGUUGAAAACGAGCUCGGCUCACAGGAAGCUGACAUCAACAUCCGGGUCAUAGGUCGCCCAGGCGCGCCUUCCGGCCCCGUUGAGUUCGAGGACGUCACACCUGAAUCGCUGACUAUGAACUGGAAGGCUCCGACGGACGACGGCGGAAGUGACGUCAGCAACUACGUUGUUGAGAAGUCUGACAACCGCGGCGCGACGUGGACCUACGUCAGCAUGGGCGUGAAGCGUACGUCACUGCGCAUCACCAAGCUGAAGGAGUACACCGAGUACCUCUUCAGGAUCAGCGCAGAGAACAAGUUCGGAGUCGGGCCGCCACUGAGGUCCAACUCUGUCAUUGCCAAAUAUCCAUAUGAUGUGCCAUCGCCGCCUGGUGAGCCGCACGUCUCUGUGCUCAACACGACCAAGGAGUCGAUGGUUGUUGAAUGGACCGCCUCCACUGAUGAUGGUGGCUCUGAAAUUACCGGCUACAUCGUGGAACGGCGGGAACGCACCAGCCAACGCUGGAUGAAGGUGAAUCGUGGGCUGAUUAAGAAGCUGAGUAUCCAGACCACUGGCCUACUGGAGGGUAAGGAGUACGAGUUCCGUAUCUUCGCCUUUAACGCGGCCGGAGCGAGCAAGCCCAGCGAAAAUUCGCCGUUCUACCGCGCCAUGGACCCCGUCGGAGUGCCGAAGGACGUCACGGUUACGGCCGUGACCCGGGCCUCCGUCAGCCUGCACUGGCACCCACCAACCACAGAUGGAGGUGCCCGCAUCAUCGGGUACAUCGUGGAGAGGAAGGGCGUGAACGAGAAGAGCUGGACCCAGGUGCACGUGGGCGUCAUCAGCGAGCGCGAGUACCAGGUCAAGGGUCUGAAGACCAACGAGCGGUACCAGUUCCGUGUGGUGGCGAAGAACGCGGCGGGCAUCAGGAGCCUGCCGUCCGAGCCCACCACGCCGGUCGUCUGCAAGGACGAGAUCGCGCCCCCAACCGUUAAGCUGGACUACAAACUGAAGGAUGUACUGACGAUCCACCGCGGCCAGCCGCUGCACGUGCUGUUCCACGUCAAGGGCAAGCCUGUGCCGGAGAUCUCAUGGACCAAGAACAAGAAGCUUCUGAUGCCCAGCUCCCAUGUGCGCAUGGAGACAAAGGGAGAGAACACGGAGGUGAUCAUCAAGGAGUCCGCCCGUACCGACAGUGGACAGUACGUCGUGUCCGCCAAGAACAACGCCGGGGCAGCCGAGGCCAAGUGCACGGUCACUGUCUUGUCUGUGCCGUCUGCGCCGGUUGGUCCGGUCAAGGUCUGGGACAUCACCAAGGAGACGUGCCGCAUCAGCUGGGACACGCCUAGCGACGAUGGCGGCAGCCCAAUCACUAACUACUUCAUAGAAAAGUGCGACACCAGACAGCCCAACGAAUGGGUCAAGGUGAGCGCUGCUAUCCGUAAGACGGAGAUGAAGGUGACGAAGUUGCAGAACAGGUGUACCUACAUCUUCCGCAUCCGCGCCUGCAACUACUACGGACCUGGUGACCCGCUGCUGUCUGCACAGGUGCUGGCCAAGCAUCCGUUCGACCCACCCAGUGCCCCCAGCAAGCCUACGCUGAGCGGAGUGACCCGUGAGCAGAUGCUGGUCUCCUGGGGCGUGCCGGAAUCAGACGGAGGUGCCGAGAUCAACAACUACAUCCUGGAAAAGAAGGAACUCCUCUCCACGCGCUGGUCACGCGUUACCAAGAUCACCAUCACCGACAACAAGUACCUGGUGACGGAUCUGGACGAGGGCACGGAGUACGAGUUCCGCGUGGCGGCUGAGAACGCCGGCGGGCGCGGGAAGUACAGCGUCCCGUCACUGCCGACCGCAGCAGUCGAUCCUCCAGGUCCUCCUGGACCAGUCCAGAACCCGUGUUGCCUGGAGACGACACAGACGUCCGUGACCUUGGCCUGGGACCCGCCUCGCGAGAAGGGCGGCAGCAGGAUUGUGGGAUACCUGGUGGAGAUGCUUCCUCCAGGCGGAGACGCCUACAAAAAGUGUCACAUCGGAGACGCCGUCAAGGUCACGGAGUUCACCGUGCCGGAGCUGCUGGAGGGCAAGCCCUACAGAUUCCGUGUAACGGCCAUUAACGAGGUCGGGCCAGGUGCGAUCACUGAGGUGAACGGCAUCAUCACACCUGUGGAGAUGCUGGAGGCACCUGUCAUCCUCAUGCCACAGGAGUACAAGCGCUCCCAGACUAUCAAGGCUGGCGAGCCCAUCCGCCUGCACAUCCCCUUCAAGGCUCGUCCUGAGCCUGAGAUCACCUGGGUGAAGGAGGACAGCGACCUGGAGCACCGUGCCCAGGUGGAGAACACCCGCUGGUCAACCACCCUGACCUUGGUGGCCAACCGUAACGACCUUGGCAAGUUCGAGCUGACCUUGAAGAACAAGGCCGGUGAAGCAACUUGCGGCAUUCUUGUCAAAGUACUUGCCACACCUGGUGCACCUGAGAACAUUGAAGUCAGAGGUGUGACCAAGAACACCUGUAUCGUGGACUGGGACACGCCUUCCAAGGACGGCGGCAAGCCCGUCAAGAACUUCGUCUUGCAGAAGAAGGAGAUCAGCCGUAAGACAUGGGACACCGUGGACGACAACAUCGUCAAGACGGCGUACCGCAUCACGAACCUGGUGGAGGGCAACCAGUACUCCUUCCGGGUCAUCGCCGAAAACGACUUCGGCUUCGGCGAUCCGGGCGAGUGCCCGCACCCCAUCACUGCUAUGGAUCCUGUUGACCAACCCGACCCGCCCAAGAAGGUGGACAUCACGGAGAUCACGCCCAUCACCGUGUCGCUGGCCUGGGUGAAGCCUGACUACGACGGCGGCUCCCGCAUCACCUCCUACGUGGUGGAGAAGCUGCGCACGUCCGCGGAGGACGCGCAGUGGGAGCGCUGCACGGUGCUCAGCCUCACGCGCUGCACAGUCACCGACCUGGUGCCGCACGAGGAGUACCGCUUCCGCGUCUCCGCACAGAACUACGGAGCCAUCAGCGAGCCCAGGGAGACCACGGCCGUGGUGUGCAAGGAACAGAUCGUUCCUGCCUCCAUUGACCUGACGGCGGUGACGUCCGACGUGCUGAUCCUGAAGGAGGGUCAGGACUUCAUCCUGAAGCUGCCGUACCACGGCAUGCCCACCCCUGCCGUCACCUGGUACAAGGGGCUCGGCGUCUUCCGAGAGACCAUCCGCGUCGUCACCAAGACGAUCGGCGGAGUCACGCAGCUCAUCUUCCGCAAGUGCGAGAAGGUGGACGGCGGCACCUACACGGUGGUGGUGGCCAACCCCGCCGGUAAGCAGACCGCAGAGAUACAGUUCAAGGUUCUGGGUAAGCCUGGUGCUCCCGUUGGACCAAUCACAUUCGAGGACAUGACACCCGAGACGGCCACGCUGAACUGGCAGGUCCCAUUGGACGACGGCGGCGGUGACAUCACCAACUACGUGGUGGAGAAGUCGGAUAACCGCGGUGCAGCCUGGGUGUACGUCAGCAGUAACGUGAAGCGCUGCUGCCUGCGCGUCACCAAACUGGUGCACAGGAAGGAAUACAUGUUCCGCGUCAGCGCAGAGAACCGCUUCGGCGUCGGCAGGCCACUGAUGUCUGAAUCUGUCGUUGCCAAAUACCCGUAUGACGAACCGACUCCUCCGUACGACUUGAAGGUGACCGACGUGACCAAGGACGGCAUGCUUGUCUCCUGGCACGCGUCUGAGAGCGACGGAGGUGCCGAGAUCACCGGCUACACCUGCGAGCGCCGCGAGAGGAACAGCAACCGAUGGGUCAAGGUCACAAAGGGCAUGAUCCGUAAGUGCGAGGUCCACUCGUAUGGCCUGCUGGAGAACUGCGAGUACGAGCACCGCGUGUACGCGCACAACGCCGCCGGAAACAGCAAGAACAGCGAGUCCACCGGCCUCAUCACCGCCGUGGACCCUGUCGGAGUUCCGCCCGGCCUCAAGGUCACACACAUCUCAAGGUCAUCCGUCUCCCUCGCCUGGCGCGAGCCGGACAGCGACGGAGGUGCAAGACUUAUCGGCUACAUCGUCGAGCGUAACGAGAUCGCUGCCGGCAAGUGGGUGUCUGUCCACAGCGGCGUGGUCUCGGAGAGGACCUACACCAUCAAGGGCCUGAAGAUGAACGGCAAGUACGAGUUCCGCGUCACCGCCAAGAACGCAGCCGGCCGCAAGAGCCAGCCCUCACCGCCCACCCCGCCGGUCAUCUGCAAGGACGACCUGGCGCCCCCUACCGUGUCCUUUGAGAAGGGCAAGGCCAACAUCCAUGUCAAGGAGGGCCAGACCGCCGUGUUCACCGCAGCAGUCAGCGGGAAACCCUACCCUGAAGUCGCCUGGAACCGCGGCGCGCGUAUGGUCGCCAAGACGGCGAGACACAAAUUCGAGAAGACAAAUCGCACCGCUGUGCUCACCAUCUUGGAGUGCACGCGCUCGGACGCCGGCGAGUACAACAUCAGGGUCAAGAACGACUCCGGACUGGCGGAGGCCAAAUGCAAGCUGCAGGUCUUCUCCAAACCCGAACCACCGACCAACUUCGAGGUGAUCGAGAAGAGCCCUGACCACGCCGUGAUCGGCUGGCAGGAGCCGGGAGACGAUGGAGGAUCCCCCAUAACUAGCUACAUCGUGGAGCGCUGUGACCUGAGGUCUCCAGACAACUGGACCCGGGUCAGUGCUGCCGUGAGGAAGACGUCUUACAAGGUGACGAGACUGGCACCUGGCUCUACUUACAUCUUCCGCAUCUCUGCGCAGACGGAGAUCGGAGUGGGCCACCCACUGGUCUCACCACAGGUCGUGGCCAGGCAUCCAUUCGAUGUUCCGAGCCAGCCUGGCAAACCAGAAGUGUCUGAUGUGACGAAGGACGCCAUGAAGCUGACGUGGGCUCUGCCUGACACUGACGGUGGAUCCGAGAUUCUCGGCUACAUCGUCGGGCGCAAGGAGCACACCGCUGUCAGGUGGGCCCGUCUGAACAAGUCCCUGCUGAAGGAGUGCCGGUACCUGGAUGAGACCGUAGACGAGGGUCUGGAGUACGAGUACCGCAUCACUGCCGAGAACGAGGCCGGCCGCAGCAAGCCCAGCGCACCCUGCAUGCCCAUCGUGGCACAGGACCCUCUGGGCAAACCUGGCGCUCCGGUUGCGUUUGUUGACGACACCACGCGGUCCUCCGUGUCCCUGACAUGGAACCCCCCUGUCCGGGACGGCGGCUCUCGCGUGACCGGAUACAUCGUGGAGAUGCGCCAGCAGGACGGCGAGGAGUGGACCAAGGCCCACGCCACCUCCGCCGUCAGACUGACCGAACUGACCAUCGACAAGCUGACCGAGGGACAGGGCUACAAGUUCCGCGUCAGCGCCAUUAACGAGAUUGGCGUCGGCGAGCCCGGAGAAGUGGAAGGCGUUGUCUUCGCCCGCGACAUGCUCGAGGCCCCAGAAGUGGAGCUUGACGUGAGCCUGAAGAGGGCGAUGAAGGUGAACGCAGGUGCGCCAAUCCGCAUCUACGUCCCCAUCAAGGGCAAGCCGCAGCCCACCUGUACCUGGGAGAAGGACGACAGUGACCUGGAGAACCGUGCCACGAUCCAGACAAGUGAGAUCGCCACGCAGAUGGUGAUCAACGCUGCGGACAGGCGCGACGCCGGGCGCUUCAAACUCACCGUGGAGAACUCCAGCGGCAAGAAGGAGGUCGGCGUCAACGUCAAGGUCUACGACACACCUGGGCCACCUGAGCACGUGCGUGUGCGUGACGUCACCAAGGCGUCAGCCAUCGUGAGCUGGGCUCCGCCCAUCAAGGACGGCGGCCGCGCGGUGGGACAUUACAUCCUGGAGAAGCGCGAGCAGAGCAGGCGCACCUACAGCACUGUGGACGCUAACGUCUUCAAGACUUCUUACAGAAUCACAAACCUGGUGGAAGGAAACAUCUACUUCUUCCGCGUGCUGGCCGUGAACGACUUUGGCGUGGGCGAGCCCGGGGAGUCCGUCGAGGGGUGCCUGGCCACGGACCCCGUCGGAGAGCCCGACCCGCCCAAGAAGCUGUGCAUCACGGAGAUCACGCCCAUGACGGUGUCGCUCGAGUGGCAGAAGCCUGACUUCGACGGCGGCAGCCGCAUCACAAGCUACGUCAUUGAGAAGAUGAACACUACGGAGGAGGAACCAAGAUGGGAGAAGUGCUCUACCCUGAGCCUGACCCGCAUCACCGUGGCGGACCUCAUCCCUAAUGACGAGUACAAGUUCCGCGUGUCCGCGCAGAACGCCGGCGCCAUCUCGGUACCGGAGGAGGUGGGGCCCGUCACUGCCAAGGAGCAAGUCGAGGCCCCGCACUUUGACCUGACUGACCUGUCCGGCGACACCUUCACCCUGAAGGAAGGAGCGGACGUGAACAUGGUCCUGCCCUUCACUGGACUGCCCGCACCGUCUGUGGAAUGGUUCCGCGGCCUGGGUCCCCUGCGUGAGACCGACAGCCUGGUGACCAAGAGCACCCGGAACUCCACCAGCCUCAUUGUGCGCAAGAUCCGCAAGGCUGACGGCGGCAAGUACAGGGUUGUCAUCAAGAACAAACUGGGAGAGGAGAGCACCGAGCUCACCUUCAACAUUAUUGGCAAGCCCGGUGUGCCCUCCGGCCCGGUCGAGUUUGAGGAAGUCGGCCCCGAGUCGAUCACGCUGAACUGGCAGCCCCCGACAGACGACGGCGGAAGUUACAUCACCAACUACGUGGUGGAGCGUUCUGAGAACCGCGGCGUCAGCUGGGUCUACGUCAGCAGCAACGUCAAGCGCGCGAACCUGCGCGUCACCAAACUGGUGGAGAACAAGGAGUACAUCUUCCGCAUCAGCGCCGAGAACAAGUUCGGCGUUGGGCCGCCUCUCAACUCCACUGGCGUGGUUGCGAAGCUGCCCUUCGAUCCGCCAGGUGCGCCGACCAAUGUCCAAGCUUUCGACACCAGCAAGGCUCAGAUGUCCGUCAGCUGGGAGGAGCCGGCUAACGACGGUGGGUCGGAGAUCACCGGCUACAUCUGCGAGCGCAAGGAGCGCGGAAGCCGGCGAUGGGUCAAGGUUACCAAAUAUCCAAUCAAGAAGCUCGUCUGCCAGUCCACUGGCUUUAACGAAGGCUCAGAGUACGAGUUCCGUGUCUACGCUAUCAACGCGGCCGGCGCGGGAAAAUACAGCGAGACGUCCUACCCGGCAAUCGCGCGCGAUCCAGUCGGGGAGCCACGCGACGUGAAGGUGGUGGACAUCACCCGUGCGUCCGUCACGCUGUCCUGGCACUACCCGUCGUACGACGGCGGCGCGCGCGUCAUCGGCUACAUUGUAGAGAGGAUGAACCAGAAGGAGGGCACGUGGGUUCAAGUGCACGGAGGCAUCGUCAAGGCCCAGCACUUCAAGGUCAAGGGCCUGGUGAUGAACGAGAAGUACUGCUUCCGCGUCCUGGCCAAGAACGCCGCCGGAAUCCGCAGCAAGCCUUCCCCGCCCACACCGCUCGUUAUUUGCAAGGACGAGAUCAUCGCGCCCAAGAUUUCUCUCGACUACUCCGUCAAGGACAAGACCGAGGUCUUCGUGAACAAGCCGUUCGACAUCGGCGCGGCUGUUUCCGGGAAGCCAGAGCCCGAGAUCAUCUGGACCCGGAACGACCGCGUCAUCGUCUCCACGGAGAUGAGGAAGAUCAAGUACGGCAGGAAGACGGUCCUGACCGUGAAGCACGCCAGCAGGGAAGACGCCGGCGUCUACAAGAUCACCGUGAAGAACCCAGCAGGUCAGGCGGAGGUCAGGACGGAGGUUGCCGUCCUGGCGAAGCCGGACAUACCUGCCGGCCCCGUUAGAGUCACAGACAUGCAUCCGGAGGGCUGCGUGAUCGCCUGGGAGCCUCCAGAGGAUACAGGCGGCGCACCCAUCACUAACUUCAUUGUAGAGAGAUGCGAGGCGAAGAGCCAGGAGUGGAUGCUGCUGAGUAAGGCCGUGAGGUCCACUCGGCAGAAGAUCACCCGCCUGACGCCCGGCAUGGUGUAUCAGUUCCGCAUCUUCGCGCAGACCAUGCACGGCAUCAGCGUGCCGCUGGUGUCAGAGCCGGUCGAGGCAAGAUAUCCAUUCGACCCACCUGCUCCACCACCCAAGCCGACACUGAAGGACAAGAGCCGAAACCACCUGGCCAUAAAGUGGGAUGUUCCAGAGACGGACGGCGGCAGCCCUAUUACCGGCUACAUCGUCGAGCGCAAGGAGCGCACGGCGGUCCGCUGGGAGAAGGCGCACCGCGGCGUGAUUGAGGAGCUGCAGCUGAGGAUGUCUGAUGUUUGGGAUAAGGAGGAGUACCAGUGCCGCGUCAUCGCGGAGAACAUCGCCGGCAAGAGCAAACCCAGCCCUGCCAGCGAGCCCAUCAUCGUCAGGGACCCGUCAACCAAGCCCAGCGCACCAGAGAUGCCUGAGGUGACGGAUAAGACCAAGACCUCCAUCAGCAUCCGCUGGGGUCCGCCAGAGCGGGACGGAGGCAGUCGCAUCGUCGGCUACGUGGUCGAGAUGAUGGAGGGAGUCAGCUUGGAAGACGCAGUGUGGCUGAAGUGCCACCAGACAUCGAUGAUCCGUGCCAUGGAGCUGGACAUCACCGACCUGAAGGAGGAGCAGCCGUACCGCAUCCGCGUCUCGGCCAUCAACGAGGGCGGCACCCAGGGAGUCCCCGGGGAGCUGCCUGGUAUUGUGGCGCCGAGGGACAUGGUUGAACCUCCCCAGCUGCACAUGGACGCCAUGAUGAAGCGCGCCGUGACCUUUAAGGGCGGCGACCAGCUCAGGCUCUGGUGCAACUUCCGUGCCAGGCCCAUGCCCAACAUCGUCUGGGAGAAGGAAGACAGUGACCUGGAGAACCGUGCUAAGAUCGAGACGAUCGAGGUGACGAACCAGCUGUGGUGCACGCAGCUCGUGAUCGAGGGCUGCGACCGCCGCGACGCCGGCAAGUUCGAGAUGUCCAUGGAGAACUCCGAGGGCGCCGGACACGCCAGCUUCAUCGUCAAAGUACUAGACACACCUGGCGCACCACUGCCCAUCAAGGUGAUGGAGAUCACGGCCACCUCGGCCCUGGUCACCUGGACCGUACCUGACAAGGACGGAGGUCGCAACAUCUCAGGUUACACCUUGGAGAUCCGCGAGCAGUCGCGCCGCACCUGGAAGACUGUGGCUGAGAACAUCUACAAGACAAACUACAGGGUUCCGAAGCUGGUAGAGGGCAACUUCUACUACUUCCGGGUCAUGGCCGUGAACGACUAUGGAGCGGGUCUUCCCGCCGAAACCACAGAGCCGAUCCUGGCUAUGGACCCUGUUGACGCGCCUGAGUCCCCGAGGAACCUGCGGCUGACGGAAGUGACGCCCAUGACGGUGUCUCUCGCCUGGCAGAAACCAGAGUUUGACGGAGGCAGCCGCGUGACGUCAUACCUCAUCGAGGUGCUGCAGACAAGUCAGGAGGACAUGGGUUGGGUGCGCCUAACUACCCUGAGUCUGACACGGUACACGGCUACGGGCCUGACUGAGUUCGAGGAGUACAAGUUCCGUGUGUCCGCGCUGAACGUCGGGGCACAGAGCGUCCCAGCCGAGGUCGGACCUGUCGUCUGCAAGGAACUUAUCAUUCCUGCUGGAUUUGACUUGACUGAACUGAAGAGUGAUACCUUCACCGUGAAGGAAGGCAAGGACCUGACUGUCGCCCUGCCAUUGGUCGGCGUGCCAAGGCCAAAGGUCACCUGGCUGCGCGGUCUUGGCGUUCUUCGCGAGAGUGACAGCGUGGUGGUGAAGACUAACCACGUGCACACGACCCUCCAUGUGAGGAAGAUCCGUAAGGCCAACAGUGGAAAGUACACCGUCAAGGCCGAGAACCACGCUGGGGAAUCUACCGCAGAAAUCAACAUCAAGGUUCUAGGCCGCCCCGCCCCUCCGGUUGGACCGGUCGUGUUUGACGAGAUCUGUCCGGACGCCAUCAGCAUCAGCUGGCAGCCUCCCUCCGAGGACGGCGGAGCCUCCAUCAACAACUACGUGGUGGAGAAGUCGGACAACCGCGGCGUGAGCUGGGUCUACGUCAGCUCCAGCGUCAAGAGGACCGCACUGAGAGUGCCCAAACUGGUGGAGGGAACAGAGUAUCUGUUCCGCAUCAGCGCCGAGAACAAGUUCGGCGUCGGCGACGCCCUGAAGUCUGGAUCUGUCGUUGCCAAACAUCCAUUCGACCCCCCGAGUCCGCCCCUGAACAUCCAGGUGUCGGACGUGUGUAAGGAGUCGAUGCGCAUCACCUGGGACAAGCCCGCUGAGGACGGCGGAUCGGAGAUAUCCGGUUACAUGGUUGAGAAGAAGGAGCGCACGUCGAACCGCUGGAUGCGCGUGACGCGCUACCCCGUGAAGAAGUGCGAGGUCCAGGCGGCGGGACUGAACGUGGGAAGCGAGUACGAUUACCGCGUGUAUGCCCUGAACGCCGCUGGCACCAGCAAGGCCAGCGAGCCUUCAGGGUUGGUCCUAGCCGUGGACCCCGUGUCUCCUCCGCAGAACGUGCGCGUGCUCGCCGUGACGCGGGCCUCCGUGACGCUGGCCUGGCACGCCCCGCUCACCGAUGGUGGCGCCAGGAUCGUCGGCUACAUCGUCGAGAGAUUCCAGAGGGACAAGGAGAACGCGCAGUGGGUCUACUGCCACCCAGGCAUCGUGAACACCCGUGAGUACGUGGUGAAGGGGUUGAUUAAGGAGGCGAAGUACGAGUUCCGUGUCCGCGCCAAGAACGCAGCGGGCAUCCUGGGACACUACUCCGACUCCACCAUCCCUGUCAUCUGCAAGGAUGAUAUCUCCCCACCCAAAGCCCAGCUAGACGUGAACCUGAAGAACCAGAUGACGUACCAGGCCGGCAGGAACAUCGAGCUUACCAUGCACUUCGCUGGCAAGCCUGAGCCUUCCACGGAAUGGCGCCUGGGCAGAAAGCCGUUGAUGCGGUCUGACAGGACGACCAUCGUGAAGAAGGAGAAGACGCGCACGCUGCUGAUUAAGAACUGCGUGCGCGCAGACACCGGCCGCUACACCUUCACGGUCAAGAACGACCAUGGAGAGGCCAGCGUGUCUGUCGAGGUCAAUGUACAAGCUGUACCUGGCGUGCCCAUGGGCCCGCUGAGGGUGUCAGACGUCACACCUGAGACAUGUGUUCUCACCUGGGACACACCUGCCGACAACGGCGGCCUGCCUAUUAGUAACUACAUCAUAGACAAGUGCGAUGUCAAGCUGCCAGGUGCGUGGAUGAAGGUCAGUGCAGCAGUGAGGAAGACGACCCACAAGGUCACCAAGCUGAAGCACAAGGAGACGUACAUCUUCCGCGUGCGCGCCGUUAACUACAACGGAGCCGGCGAGCCGCUCGUCUCCGAGCCAAUCGUCGCCAAGCACUCAUUCGAUGUUCCGACCCAACCUGCCAAGCCCGUCAUCAGAGACGUCACCAGUGAGACGUGCGUCAUCACCUGGCAGGCGCCAGAGUCUGACGGCGGCUCCGAGAUUCUCGGAUAUGUGGUGGAGAGGAAGGAGCAUAGCGCCAUGAGGUGGCAGAGAAUUAACCGCGCGCUGGUGCGUGACACGGAACUGUCGCACGAGGACCUGACCGAGGGGCUGGAGUACGACUUCCGCGUGGCGGCCGAGAACAUGGCCGGGCGCGGCAAGUUCAGCCCGUCCUGCAUGCCCGUGCUGGCGCGGGACCCUGUCGGCAAGCCGCAGGCCCCGCAGAACGCCGAGGUGCUGGAGACCACCCGGGAGUCCGUCAGUCUGCUGUGGCAGCCGCCCAUGAGCGACGGAGGCAGCAAGAUCUACGGAUACAUCGUGGAGAAGAAGGACGACAAGACUGAAGAGUGGAAGAAGGCCCACAGCCUCUCCACCAUCAAACAAUGCGAACUGGUCGUGCCUGACCUGGAGGAAGGAAAGGGUUUGAACUUCCGGGUCAGCGCCGUGAACGAGUACGGCGUCGGCGAGCCUGCUCCGAUUGAGGGCAUCGUCUUCCCGAGGGACAUGGCGGCCCCGCCGGAGUGCAAGCUGGACGCGUCUCUGAAGCGCACCGUGACCGUGAAGGCAGGAGUCCCGCUCCGCUUCUACGUACCUGUGCGCGGGAAACCCUUCCCCAAGGUCACCUGGGUCAAGGACGACAGUGACCUGGAGAACCGUGCUAACAUCGAGAUCAGCAAGGUUGCGACCCAACUGGUCAUCGUAAACACGAACCGACGCGACGCCGGCCGCUUCGAGCUGACGCUGGAGAACCCCAGCGGCACCAAGACCGUCGGCAUCAACGUGAAAGUCAUCGACACACCUGGCGCUCCUGAGCACGUGCGUGUGCGUGACGUGACAAGGAACGCGGCCGUGAUCGCCUGGGCGCCGCCCCUGAAGGACGGUAGCAAGUCCAUCACGCACUACAUCCUGGAGAAGAAGGAGCCCAGCAGGCGCACCUGGACCACUCAAGACGCCAACAUCGUCAAGACGUCUUACCGCAUCACCAACCUGGUGGAAGGAAACAACUACCUGUUCAGAGUUCUCGCCGUGAACGACAUCGGCAUCGGCGAGCCCGGAGAGACGCCGGCUCCGAUCUUAGCCAUGGACCAAGUCGCUCCUCCGGAGCCUCCGAGGAAGGUGCAGAUUGUGGAGAUCACGCCGAUCAACGUCACUCUCACCUGGACCAGACCAGACUUCGACGGCGGCAGCCGCAUCACAAGCUACCUGGUCGAGAAAAUGGAGACAACCAAAGCCGAGUGGGAGCGCUGCACGGCCAUCAACGCCACGCGCUACUGCGUGACUGACCUGGCACCAGGUGACGAGUACACCUUCCGCGUGUCCGCACAGAACGUCGGCGCCACCAGCGAUCCCGUGGAGGUCGGACCUGUGGUCGCAAAGGAACAGAUCUAUGAACCUACCCUGGACCUGAGUCAGAUCCCGUCUGACGUCAUGACCGUGAAGGAGGGCAUUGACCUGAACCUUCCCGUGCUGUUCCGCGCCUGGCCUAAGCCGCGGAUCUCAUGGCUCCGCGGCCUGGGAGAGUUACGCGAGACGGACUCCAUGACCACCAAGAACACCAAGACCUCCACCACGCUCAUCGUGCGCAAGAUCAGGAAGGCUGACGCCGGCACGUACGCGGUGGUGAUCGAGAACAAGCUGGGAUCCGCCAGGGCAGAGUUCACCCUCAAGGUACUUGGCAAGCCCAGCCCAUGCAACGGCCCGGUUGAGUUCGAGGACGUCACUCCCGAGUCGAUCACGCUGAACUGGAAGGCUCCAGAUGACGACGGCGGCGCGCCGAUCUCCAACUACGUGGUGGAGAAAUCGGAGAACCGCGGCAUCACCUGGGUGUACGUCAGCUCGAACGUCAAGAGGUGCACGCUGCGCGUCACCAAACUGACCGAGAAUAAGGAGUACAUCUUCCGCAUUGCCGCGGAGAACAAGUUCGGCACCGGGAAGACCAUCACCUCGCCUUCGGUUCUUGCCAAGCUGCCCUUCGACCCACCAUCUGCUCCGCGUGACGUCACGAUCAGUGACGCCACCAAGGACGCGAUGCACGUGCGCUGGACGGCGCCCGCCAGCGAUGGUGGAUCGGAGAUUCUCGGAUAUGUCGUCGAACGGAAAGAACGUGGCGGGUCGCGAUGGAUGAAGGCCUCGCGCUACCCCGUCAAGAAGACCGAGUUCCACUCCACUGGACUUACUACAGGCAAAGAAUACGAAUACCGCGUGGCGGCUAUGAACGCCGCUGGAACCGGACCGCUCAGCGAGCUGUCCGACUUCGUGUACGCGUACGACCCCGUCACCCCGCCCCAGCGAGUUCGCCUGAUCGCCGUCACUAGGUCCUCCGUCACCCUUCGGUGGGAACCACCGCUAAGUGAUGGAGGAAGUAAGGUGAUCGGGUACAUCGUGGAGCGGCACAUGACGAAGGAAGGCGAGAAGUGGGUGGCCGUGCAUGCCGGAGUCAUCAACGACUUCAUGUACACCAUCAAGGGCCUGAUGAUGGGCGCGCGCUACGAGUUCCGCGUCUCCGCCAAGAACGCGGCGGGCAUCGUGGGACAGAAGAGCGAGAAGACGCCGCCUGUGGUCUGCAAGGACGACCUGGCCCCGCCCAAAGUGGCGAUGGAUGUGAAGAACAAGGACACCGUGGAGAUCAUGAAGGGACAGAUGAUGAGUCUGGUGGCCUGCAUCAGCGGGAAACCUCCACCGGACGUCGUCUGGUCCAAGGGUAACCGGCCACUCAUCGAGAGCCCCAGGAUCAAGUUCAAGGUCACGGAUCGCGUCGCCAUAGUGACCAUCCAUGACGUUGAUCGUCCUGACGACGGCGUGUACACGUGCACUGUGAAGAAUAACAGUGGAGUGGACGACGCCCAAGUGAAAGUCCACGUUCUAUCCCGCCCUGGCCAGCCCACGGAGCUCGCGAUCGGCGAGGUCACGCCCGACUCCGUGAAGCUGAACUGGGGACCGCCUGACGAUGAUGGUGGAAUGCCCAUCACUAACUACAUCGUAGAGCGUUGCGACCCCAAGACACCUGACGACUGGGUCAAGGUGAGCUCCGCAAUCAGGAAGACUGACUACAAGAUUACCAAGCUGACCCAUGGUUCCUCCUACCUGUUCCGCAUCCGUGCUGCUAACUACAACGGGCCCGGCGAGCCGCUCAUGACUCCGGCCAUCGUGGCCAAGUAUCAGUUCGACACGCCGAGCGCGCCCGGCAAGCCCGUAGCGAAGAACGUGACAAAGGACAGACUGACUCUGAUGUUUGACGAGCCUGCCUCGGACGGCGGCUCCCACAUCAUCGGGUACUGGGUGGAGCGCAAGGAGCGAACAUCCGUCCGCUGGGAGAGACUCAACAGGGAGAUUCUUGGCCCUGACGAGAGGAAGAUUGUUGUGGAUGACUUGGAGGAAGGACUGGACUACGAGUUCCGCGCGUCUGCCGAGAACCGGGCGGGCCGCGGCAAGAACAGCCCCGCUUCCAUCCCGUACACUGCCGCCGACCCUGCAGGAAUGCCGGGACUUGUUGAGACACCCGAGGUGAUCGACUGCACGCCGACAACUGUGUUGAUGCAGUGGGGCCCGCCCUCUACUGAUGGCGGCGCGCGCGUCACAGGGUACAUCGUGGAGAACCUCAUCCUGGGAGAGGAGGAGUGGCACAAGUGUCACCUCAAGGAAAAGAUCCGCCAGACGGAGCUCCUGGUGACGGACCUGGUGGAACUGCAGGCUUACAAGUUCAGGGUCAGCGCGGUCAACGACCUCGGCGUGGGCAAGCCCAACGAGGUUCCGGGCUGGACUGCACCAAGAGAACUCAAGGUGCCGCCAGACCUGGUGAUGGACGCCCUGUACAAGCGCAUGGUGACCGUGCGUGCCGGGGAACAGAUCAAGUUCUACAUCCCCAUCAAGGGCAAACCUGUGCCCACUGCAACAUGGGAGAAGGAGGACAGUGACCUGGAACACCGCGCCGAAAUCGACACCACCGACAAGGACACCCAGCUGGUGAUCCAGUCUGCGGACCGCCGCGACGCCGGCCGCUUCGAGCUCACGCUGGAGAACGACUCCGGCACCAAGAGCGUUGGCAUCAACGUCAAGGUUAUCGACACCCCCGGCGCGCCUACCAACCUGAAGGUGCGUGACGUGACCAAGAACGCCGCCAUCGUGUCCUGGGGCCCGCCCAACAAGGACGGCGGGAAGGCCAUCAGCGGCUACACCCUGCAGAAGAAGGAAGCCAGCAUGAGGAUGUGGUCCACUGUGGAGGAAAACCUCUACAAGACGACGUUCCGUGUGAAGACUCUGGUGGAAGGUAACCACUACCUGUUCCGCGUCAUGGCCAUCAACGACAUCGGCGUGGGCGAGCCGGCAGACACCGUGGAGCCCAUCCUGGCCAUGGAUCCUGUCGAGCCCCCAUCGCCUCCGAAGAACCUGAAGAUCACCGAGAUCACCCCUUACAGCAUCAGCCUCACCUGGGGCAAGCCUGACUUUGACGGCGGCAGCGCCGUGACGAGCUACAUCGUGGAGAAGCUGCACAUGAGCGCCGAGCAGCCCGAGUGGGAGAAGUGCACGGCCAUGAGCGCUACUCGCUACACCGUCACGGACGUCAUCGCGCACGACGAGUACAAGUUCCGCGUCAUGGCGCAGAACGUCGGCGCCGUCAGCGAGCCUGCAGAGACCGAGCCUGUCGUGGCCAAGGAGCAGCUCUUUGCUCCUGAGCUUGACUUGAGCAGUCUCCAUGGCGACAGCAUCACCGUGAAGGAGGGCACCAACAUCGCCAUCAAGAUCGGCAUGAGCGGCACGCCGCUGCCGAAGGUGGUGUGGUCUCGCGGCCUGGGCGUGCUGAGGGAGUCCGACCACUGCCUGACCAAAACCAACCACGAGUCCACCACGCUGUUCAUCAGGAAGGUUCAGAAGAGGGACCAGGGCAGCUACAGCGUCUCCGCCGAGAACAAGGUCGGCAAGGAGUCCGCAACGUUCAACGUCAACGUGCUAGGCAAGCCUGGCCCGCCUGUUGGCCCUAUCGAGAUCGAGGAGGUCUCCCCAGAACAUGUGACCAUCAGCUGGCAGCCGCCAUUGGACGACGGCGGAAGCGGCAUCUCCAACUACGUGGUGGAGAAGUCCGACAACCGCGGUGCAUCCUGGGUGUACGUCAGCGCCGGCGUGAAGAGGACGAAUCUGAAGAUCACGAAACUGACGGAGAACGCGAGUUACAUCUUCCGCGUCGGCGCCGAGAACAAGUACGGCGUUGGCAAGGGAAUCACAUCCGGAGUGGUCGUUGCCAAGCAUCCCUAUGAUCCUCCAUCGCCACCACGAAACCUGAAGGUGACGGAGGUGAACCGGGAGUCCGCUUUCCUGAAGUGGACGUCGCCUGAGGACGACGGUGGUUCGGAACUCGCCGGGUACGGCGUGGAGAAGCGCGAGCGCGGCAGCCAGAAGUGGAUGCGCGCCGUGCGCUACGUGCUGAAGAAGUGCGAGUUCCAGGUCACCGGUCUGACGGAGAAUGCAGAAUACGAGUUCCGUGUGUAUGCAGUCAACGCUGCUGGCAACGGCAAGCCAUGUGACGCCACGCCUCCCGUGAGGAUCGUAGACCCUGUCUCCCCGCCGCAGGACGUGCGGGUUACCAAGGUAACGCGCGCCUCCGUCUCCCUGCACUGGUACAAGCCCCGCACAGACGGAGGCUCCCGCAUCAUCGGCUACAUGGUGGAGAGGAUGAACGUCAAGGAGGAGAAACCCAAGUGGGUUCUCGUACACACAGGUGUUAUUAACGACAUUGAGUACACCGUGAAGGGCCUGAUCUCGGGAGACCGCUAUCAGUUCCGCGUCACGGGCAAGAACGCAGCGGGAGUGAUCGGAGAGAGCUCCGAGCCCACCCCUGCUGUCGUCUGCAAGGACGAUAUUGCUCCUCCCAAGCUUGACCUGAAGGUGAAGGACAAGCUGCAGGUGGACGCAGGUGAGACGAUCAAACUGACGGUGGGAGUGCACGGGAAGCCCGACCCCGACCUGACCUGGACCCGCGGCCGCACCACGCUCAUGAAGGCCGACCGCAUCCGCUUCGAGAAGGCGGAGAAGAACUUCUCUGUCGUCAUCAAGAAUGCGGUGCGUGCCGACAGCGGGACGUACGUCCUGAGCGCCAAGAACAACAGUGGCGUCGCCGACGUCAAGAUCAACGUCAACGUCAUCGGUAAACCAGGCAAGCCAGUCGGCCCGGUCAAGGUGUCCGACAAGACGCCUAACUCCUGCGUGCUCACCUGGGAGAGACCUGAAGACGAUGGUGGCCUGCCCAUCAGCAACUUCCUCAUCGAAAAGUGCGACAUGAAGUCACCUGGGCAAUGGGCUAAGGUGAGCGCUGCUGUGAGGAAGACUUCCUACAAGGUCACGAAGCUGACCCACAACUGCACCUACAUGUUCCGCAUCUCCGCCGUGAACUACAGCGGGGCCGGCGAGCCGCUCAUGUCCGAGAACGUCGUGGCCACCUGGCCGUUCGGUGUCCCCACCGCGCCGGGCAAACCACAGACAAGCGACGUCACCAAGGACAGCGUCACCGCCAAAUGGAACCUGCCAGAAGACGACGGCGGGUCCGAGAUUCUUGGCUACAUCUUGGAGCGUAAGGAGCGCAUGGCCCUCCGCUGGGAGCGCGUCAGCAGGACGCUCAUCAAGGAGACGUCUUACACCAUGAACGACUUAGAGGAGGGUCUGGAGUACGAGUUCCGGGUCUGCGCCAACAACAUGGCCGGGAACGGGAAGUACAGCCCCGCCAGCCUGCCAGUGGUCGUGCGCGACCCGCUGGGCAAGCCGCAGCCGCCCGUCAACCCGGUUGUCGCGGAGACCACGCGGUCUUCCGUGUCGCUGGAGUGGCAGAAGCCAGAGUUUGAUGGCGGAAGCCGAGUCAUCGGUUACGUCGUUGAACAACGCAGGAGCGACUCCGACGAGUGGUCCAGGAGCCACACCAAGAGUAUGGUGCGUCACGAGGACCUCAUCGUCACCGACGUGGAGGAAGGAAAGGGCUACUACUUCCGGGUCAGCGCCGCCAACGAGUGUGGCGUGAGCGCGCCGGCGGCCGUGGAGGGCAUCGUCACCGCUAAGGACAUGAUGGAGGCCCCGACUCUGGAGCUGGACAUCAGUCUGCGUCGCGCCAUCGUGGUGCGAGGGGGCGCUCCUAUCCGCAUCUACAUCCCCAUCAGGGGCAAGCCCUUCCCCAAGAUCACCUGGGAGAAGGAGGACAGUAACCUGGAGCACCGCGCUGCCAUCGAGACGAGCGAGAUCGCCACACAGCUGAUGAUCCCGUCUGCCGAUCGCCGCGACGCCGGCUACUUCAACCUCAGCCUGGAGAACUCCAGCGGUACUGCAACCGCACAGAUCCUCGUCAAAGUGCUCGACACCCCCGGACCGCCCACCAACGUACGUGUCCGUGACGUCACCAAGGGAACCGCCAUCAUCCAAUGGGGCGCUCCCGAGAAGGACGGCGGGAAGGCCGUGACGAACUACCUGCUGCAGAAGCGCGAGAUCAGCCGCAAGACGUGGGACACGGUCGAGACGCGCAUCUACAAGACGUCUUACCGCGUCACCAACCUGGUGGAAGGAAACCAGUACUACUUCCAGAUCCUGGCUGAGAACGUGUACGGCAUUGGCGUGCCGCAGGCUAGCGACGAGGCAAUCCUUGCUAUGGACCCAGUUGACUGUCCAGACCCACCAAGGAAGCUGGAGAUCACUGAGAUCACCAAGACGACCGUCUCCCUUGCCUGGCAGCGCCCAGAGAAUGACGGUGGCAGCCGCAUCACAUCGUACAUCAUCGAGAUGCUGCCCGCUGGCCAGGAGGAGUGGAUUCGGUGCUCAGUGCUGAACUCCCUCCGCUACACUGUCACGGAGCUCACCACGGGACAGGAGUACCAGUUCCGCGUGUCCGCUCAGAACGUGGGCGCCAUCAGCGCGCCGAGGGAGCUGCCGCCUGUGGUCGCAGCCGAGCAAAUCAACCCACCAGAGCUUGACCUGUCCGCCCUGCCGCGUGACGAGGUUGUUGUGAAGGAAGGAGCUGACAUGACCCUGCGGGUUCCCUUCUCAGGAACUCCCCGCCCAACCAUCACCUGGCUCCACGGCCUCGGACCCAUGGUCGAGUCCGACAGCAAGGUGACCAAGACAAACCACACUUCCACGUCCCUGAUCAUCCGUAAGACGAUGAAGCGCGACGCUGGAAAGUACACCAUCAAGGCCGUCAACAACUUGGGCUCCCAGACCGCCGACAUCAACAUCAAGGUGCUGGGCAAACCUGGCCAGGUGACCAACAUCCAGGCUAGCGACAUCACACCUGAGCACUGCGUGCUCACCUGGGACGUGCCCACUGACGACGGCGGCAGCCCUAUACAGAGCUACAGCGUCGAGCGGUCGGACAACCGCGGCAUGACCUGGACCUUCGUCAACAUGAGCGCGAAGAGGCCGUACUGCCGCGUGACCAAGCUCGUCGAGGGGAAGACCUACAUCUUCCGUAUUGCUGCCGAGAACAAGUUCGGCGUCGGCCCAACGUACAUGUCUGGUGCCGUGGACGCCAAGCUUCCGUUCGACCCGCCAGCGCCACCUACCGACUUGCAGGUAUCUGACAGGAGGAAGGACAGCAUGACCGUGUCCUGGAGUGCCCCUGCUGAUGACGGUGGAUCCGAGAUCACCGGCUACAUGCUGGAGAGGCGCGAGCGCAACAGCAACCGCUGGAUCAAGGUCACCAAGGGAGUCAUCCACAAACGCGAGGUCAGGUCUACUGGCCUGAUCGAAAACCUAGAGUACGAGCACCACGCCUUCGCUCUCAACGCCGCCGGCGCGAGCAAGCCCAGCGACACCAGCGGGUUCUUCCGCGCGGUGGAUCCCGUGGGCGUGCCGGACGACCUGCGCAUCAUCGACGUCACGCGUGCAUCCGUCACGCUGAGCUGGAAGUCUCCUCUUCAGGACGGCGGCGCUCGCAUCGUCGGGUACGUGUUGGAGCGUCGCCAGGUGAAGAAGGAGGGACCCCCACAGAAGUGGGUGCAGGUACACACAGGUGUGAUUAAGGAGAAGACCCUCAAGUGCAAGGGCCUCAUCAAGGGUGAGAAGUACGAGUUCCGCGUGCAGGCCAAGAACGCGGCCGGCAUCACGAGCGAGUUCUCUCAGCCCACCGUCCCGAUCAUCUGCAAGGAUGACCUGAGACCGCCCAAAUUGACGCUGGACUUCAAACUGAAGGAGAAGAACACCAUCGCCAUCGGAGAAAGCUUCAAGCUGGCCGUCAUGGUCGCAGGGAAGCCCGCUCCGGAAAUCGUCUGGUCCAAGGACGGGAAGAGGCUAGCCAAGACGGAUCGUCUUCGCUUCGAGCACACUGACAAGUACACUGCCGUGCUGAUUAAGAACGCCAGCCGCAAGGAGGCGGGUCUGUACUCAGUACGCGCCACGAACGACAGCGGCGAGGACAGAGUGCAGGUCACUCUGGCCGUGGAAGACAAGCCUGGAGCGCCCCAAGGCCCGGUCCAUGUGGUGGACAUCUGCCCCGAGUACGCCGUGAUCAGCUGGGACGUACCGGCAGACGAUGGAGGAACAGCCAUAACCAACUAUAUUGUGGAACGCUGCGAUGUGAAGGCACAGAACUGGGUGAAGGUCAGCUCAGCCGUGAGACAGACACGGAUCAAGAUUACGAAGCUGGUAGCUGGCUCCGCAUACCAGUUCCGCGUCUUCGCGCAGAACGUCAACGGGGUUGGACAACCGCUGGUCUCCGACGUCAUCAUCGCCAAGUGGCCAUUUGAUCCACCAAUGGCACCUGAUGCACCAAAACCGAUCAGCGUCACAAAGGACUACGUCCAACUGUCCUGGGCACCGCCCGCGGAGGACGGAGGGUCAGAGGUCCUUGGUUACCAUGUCGACCGUAAGGACGUCACGCACACGAACUGGACGCGCGUGAACCGCCGCCUGCUGCGAGAGUUGGAGUACGAGAUCGGCGGGUUGGACGAGGGACACGAGUACGAGUUCCGUGUUCUGGCGGAGAACGUCGCCGGGGAAAGUAAGCCCAGCGCCGCCUGUCCGCCAGUCAUCGUCCGUGACCCUGUCGGUACGUAG